AUGGCGGAAGCGUCCUUAGCAGGGUCCCAUGAGGAGAUGGUGGCGAUGUUACAGGCUUACCUGGAGUGCCAUGGUUCAGGUGCCUUGGAUGCGGUGGUGGCCAGCAUUGCAGAAAGAUCCAGGGCUGGUGAGGCGGAGAGGACAGCGGAGGUAUCCCCUGCACAUUGUCGGCGGGCCAGGUGGUCGAGGCCUCCGACGCGGUUGUCACCCAGCCCAGUGAGGAGCAGCAGAGGUUCCUCAUGCGCCCAGGCGGAGUGGGGCCCAAGAUGGAAGCGGGACAUUCUCAAUGUCUGCCUUCUCUUCCAGGACAGUCGGAUGUGACGCCACAACGUCAGGAAUAAGACGGGUGACAUCAGUGGAGGCACCGCGGGACGCGUAUGUGAUGCAGGGCCACGUCACAGGCCCCACCUCCAUUACCUCUCCAGCGAGUCAGAAACACCGGAGGGGGCCAGGAAGCCGGCGGAACUCUGCCUGAAGUGGGCAGGAUGAUCGGAGCCUAUCGGGAAGAGUCGGAUUCGACCUCGAGGGCGGACGGUGAGGAGUGUCUUCAGGAGGAGGUGCAGACUUCUUUGGAGCAGGAGAUUGAGAGUUUCUCAGGGAGGUCAAGCAUGGGCAGGAAUGACGGCUUCUUUGAAACUUUUUAGGCUGGCAUGCAGCAUACACAGGACAAAGAAAGGUGGUAGCCAGUCGGAGAGCUGGAGGCCUAGGUGGGCGAACAGGGCAAUGAGAUAUGAAGUGACCCCUUUCUCCUCAGUAAAAACAAAGGCCAUUGCUUCUCCUCCGGUCUCUUUCUUCUUGAGUCACUUUGAUCCGGACAAGUCCCAUUUCUAUAGGUUCCUCAAAGUCAAGAGGAACAUUAGAUACUUCUGGAGUCUUCCUAGAAACCGGAUCAUAAAGAGGCAACAAGGAGGUGUGACGUUGGUACUGGGUCUCCCUGUUUCUGGGAUCCUCUGAUACUGGCCUUGGCGCAGUGGUUUUACUAGAGGGCUUGCACUGCACUUCCAUCGCAGUUAUGAAGGAUCCCCAACUGUCAAGGACAGGACUCUUAGCCUGUAACAUCUGAUGUGCCCAUGUUUUGAUCCGUCCAGACAGCAGGUUGAUAGCCACUCGGACCAUGAUGAAGUUGGUGGCAUAUGUCCGAUGCUUUAAGGCAAACAACUCUCAAUCCACCUUAAAGUACUGGAAGGAUGCACAGCUACCAUCAAAUCUUUCAGGCAUAACAAUGAAUGGCUCAGAAUAAGCAGGUACCCUGGCUUGGCGUACUGUGCCUUUAAGAAUCUGAACUCACUGCAGCUCUGAAACAGUCUGGGCCAGGCUGGAUACUUGCUGGGUAAGCAGUUUGAACAUCUCUGCGGACUCCAUGGUCAGUUUGUUAUGUCACAGACUACCUUACUUGGGAGUCCAGUAGGCAGCGAUUUGUGCUCACCCCUUGUAGAUAUACACAGUCCACGGUGAUAUGGUCAGAAACCACCAGGACUGUGAAGCUGUGCACGGGGGCUGAGCAUGAAAGGUGUUUCCAAUACUCGGUACAGACAAGGGCAAAUCCAGAAGAGUAGUCAGACACGUUCCAAAAGUCAGGGUAGGCAGCAAACAGGCAAUAACAAAUAAUCUAGGUAGAAAGGGUCACAAGCCAAGUCAGUCUCAGGAAACAGGAUGCAAGGAACUGACACUGCCCUCAGAGAGAGGCAUUGUUAUAUACCUUGGGUAAUGAUCCAUCUGCCUCGGGUGGUCUUUGAUAGACAGGUGCAGCCACAGGAAAAAAGUCCAGCCCCCUAGUGCUGGAAACAAGGCAAGGUUUAACUUUGAGCUGAAGUAUGGUUCAGAGGCAAGACAGCAGGAACAGUACACAUGAGGGCAUCAGUUCAAAUCCCAUGCUGGCUCACUGGAUGUCACGGUGAGCACCUUUUAUCCGAUUCAGUUGGUCAGGGCUUAUUUGGGUGCAAGGCUGGAUCGUCUCAUCAGGAUGGGCCACUGUUGACACGAUACCAGUUCUCCUCAUUGCUUCGGAGUGGACGCCUCUGGUGGGUAUCUUGCUCACUCCUUUCGGAUUGGAGCCGCCAUGCAGGCGGGCCUCUUAGUGUUUGGGCAGAUGGGACUCAUGUCGUUUUCGGCUGUAUCUUCUGCCGCACUUGUUAAGCUUUCCUCUCUUGUAGGUUCCCCUUGUUAUGUGUGGAUCCUAUGCCACUCAUAUGUUUACUGGGCAGGUCCUACGGCAGGAACUUAGGCUUCCCGGAUGAAGUGGCUGGGGAUUUAGGGGGCUUUGCUUGGGGUCAGUUUUAUGACGGAUGUGUUGAAUUUAGGAGGUUUGUAUCGGGGCCGGUAACUGGUGGUGCACCUGGGAACGAUUUGGGCUGGAUGAGAACGGUAGAUCUCAUUCACAUAAUCAAGCAGGAUCUGGCCCGCUGUGUGGCUCUGUUUUGGGAUCUAACGCUCGUCUGUUCCGAAAUCGUUCCACGCCCUUGUUGGCUGGCGUUGCCGCAUGCUCGGGGCCUCAAGCGUGGGUGGCGAAAGUUGAACAUGACGGUCCGUCACAUGGAUCUGGAGGGUGACAAUUUGGUCUUAAUGAGGAGAGAUGGAGUACAUCUGACGGGGAUUGAUCUGGACUACAGUCUGGGUUGGAGGUGGCACUGGCUGCGGGAGUGCGAUGCCGACCGAAGGGGCUAGUGUCGGUCGACAUCGCAGUGGCGGUGCUCCUGGCCAGCGAAAUGGAAAGUGAUGAGAAACGAUGAGUCAGCUUGGGGAGUCACAGGCUGCUGAGGGCUGAUGACGGUAGGCUAAUACGAAUUCUGGACAAGGAAGUGGCACCUGUCUGUUGGUGGAAGUUACCCAACAGCUGACAGUUGGAUAGAAUGCUGGUCUGUUAAAAAGUUGUAAAAUUAAUAAAGCUGUGGUCGUUGCCCUUACCCAUAUUUCUGGUCUCAUGUGUUUUGUUGGGGGCAAUGGGAGGAGAGGAUUGGUCAGCAGUCAUGGGGUACAUUGGUAUAUAAUAUAUGAUAUAACACACUGUUGUCUGCAGGCACUGUGGCUCACUGUAGUCAUGGUGUAUAUAAUAUAAUGGGGUAUAUAAUAUAUUAUUAGCAUGGUGUAUAUAAUAUAAUGGGGUAUAUAAUAUAUUAUUAGCAUGGUGUAUAAUAUAUAAUGGGGUAUAUAAUAUAUUAUUAGCAUGGUGUAUAUAAUGUAAUGGGGUAUAUAAUAUAUUAUUAGCAUGGUGUAUAAUAUAUAAUGGGGUAUAUAAUAUAUUAUUAGCAUGGUGUAUAUAAUGUAAUGGGGUAUAUAAUAUAUUAUUAGCAUGGUGUAUAUAAUGUAAUGGGGUUUAUAAUAUAUUAUUAGCAUGGUGUAUAUAAUGUAAUGGGGUAUAUAAUAUAUUAUUAGCAUGGUGUAUAUAAUAUAAUGGGGUAUAUAAUAUAUUAUUAGCAUGGUGUAUAUAAUGUAAUGGGGUAUAUAAUAUAUUAUUAGCAUGGUGUAUAUAAUAUAAUGGGGUAUAUAAUAUAUUAUUAGCAUGGUGUAUAAUAUAUAAUGGGGUAUAUAAUAUAUUAUUAGCAUGGUGUAUAUAAUGUAAUGGGGUAUAUAAUAUAUUAUUAGCAUGGUGUAUAAUAUAUAAUGGGGUAUAUAAUAUAUUAUUAGCAUGGUGUAUAUAAUGUAAUGGGGUAUAUAAUAUAUUAUUAGCAUGGUGUAUAUAAUGUAAUGGGGUUUAUAAUAUAUUAUUAGCAUGGUGUAUAUAAUAUAAUGGGGUAUAUAAUAUAUUAUUAGCAUGGUGUAUAUAAUGUAAUGGGGUAUAUAAUAUAUUAUUAACAUGGUGUAUAUAAUGUAAUGGGGUUUAUAAUAUAUUAUUAGCAUGGUGUAUAUAAUAUAAUGGGGUAUAUAAUAUAUUAUUAGCAUGGUGUAUAUAAUGUAAUGGGGUAUAUAAUAUAUUAUUAGCAUGGUGUAUAAUAUAUAAUGGGGUAUAUAAUAUAUUAUUAGCAUGGUGUAUAUAAUGUAAUGGGGUAUAUAAUAUAUUAUUAGCAUGGUGUAUAUAAUAUAAUGGGGUAUAUAAUAUAUUAUUAGCAUGGUGUAUAUAAUGUAAUGGGGUAUAUAAUAUAUUAUUAGCAUGGUGUAUAAUAUAUAAUGGGGUAUAUAAUAUAUUAUUAGCAUGGUGUAUAUAAUGUAAUGGGGUAUAUAAUAUAUUAUUAGCAUGGUGUAUAUAAUGUAAUGGGGUUUAUAAUAUAUUAUUAGCAUGGUGUAUAUAAUGUAAUGGGGUAUAUAAUAUAUUAUUAGCAUGGUGUAUAAAUAUAAUGGGGUAUAUAAUAUAUUAUUAGCAUGGUGUAUAUAAUGUAAUGGGGUAUAUAAUAUAUUAUUAGCAUGGUGUAUAAUAUAUAAUGGGGUAUAUAAUAUAUUAUUAGUAUGGUGUAUAAUAUAUAAUGGGGUAUAUAAUAUAUUAUUAGCAUGGUGUAUAAUAUAUAAUGGGGUAUAUAAUAUAUUAUUAGCAUGGUGUAUAAUAUAUAAUGGGGUAUAUAUUAUUAGCAUGGUGUAUAUAAUGUAAUGGGGUAUAUAAUAUAUUAUUAGUAUGGUGUAUAUAAUGUAAUGGGGUAUAUAAUAUAUUAUUAGCAUGGUGUAUAUAAUGUAAUGGGGUAUAUAAUAUAUUAUUAGCAUGGUGUAUAUAAUAUAAUGGGGUAUAUAAUAUAUUAUUAGCAUGGUGUAUAUAAUGUAAUGGGGUAUAUAAUAUAUUAUUAGCAUGGUGUAUAUAAUAUAAUGGGGUAUAUAAUAUAUUAUUAGCAUGGUGUAUAAUAUAUAAUGGGGUAUAUAAUAUAUUAUUAGCAUGGUGUAUAUAAUGUAAUGGGGUUUAUAAUAUAUUAUUAGCAUGGUGUAUAUAAUAUAAUGGGGUAUAUAAUAUAUUAUUAGCAUGGUGUAUAUAAUGUAAUGGGGUAUAUAAUAUAUUAUUAACAUGGUGUAUAUAAUGUAAUGGGGUUUAUAAUAUAUUAUUAGCAUGGUGUAUAUAAUAUAAUGGGGUAUAUAAUAUAUUAUUAGCAUGGUGUAUAUAAUGUAAUGGGGUAUAUAAUAUAUUAUUAGCAUGGUGUAUAUAAUGUAAUGGGGUUUAUAAUAUAUUAUUAGCAUGGUGUAUAUAAUAUAAUGGGGUAUAUAAUAUAUUAUUAGCAUGGUGUAUAUAAUGUAAUGGGGUAUAUAAUAUAUUAUUAGCAUGGUGUAUAUAUAUAUAAUGGGGUAUAUAAUAUAUUAUUAGCAUGGUGUAUAUAAUAUAAUGGGGUAUAUAAUAUAUUAUUAGCAUGGUGUAUAUAAUGUAAUGGGGUAUAUAAUAUAUUAUUAGCAUGGUGUAUAAUAUAUAAUGGGGUAUAUAAUAUAUUAUUAGCAUGGUGUAUAUAAUGUAAUGGGGUAUAUAAUAUAUUAUUAGCAUGGUGUAUAUAAUGUAAUGGGGUAUAUAAUAUAUUAUUAGCAUGGUGUAUAUAAUAUAAUGGGGUAUAUAAUAUAUUAUUAGCAUGGUGUAUAAUAUAUAAUGGGGUAUAUAAUAUAUUAUUAGCAUGGUGUAUAUAAUGUAAUGGGGUAUAUAAUAUAUUAUUAGCAUGGUGUAUAUAAUAUAAUGGGGUAUAUAAUAUAUUAUUAGCAUGGUGUAUAUAAUGUAAUGGGGUUUAUAAUAUAUUAUUAGCAUGGUGUAUAUAAUAUAAUGGGGUAUAUAAUAUAUUAUUAGCAUGGUGUAUAUAAUGUAAUGGGGUAUAUAAUAUAUUAUUAGCAUGGUGUAUAAUAUAUAAUGGGGUAUAUAAUAUAUUAUUAGUAUGGUGUAUAAUAUAUAAUGGGGUAUAUAAUAUAUUAUUAGCAUGGUGUAUAAUAUAUAAUGGGGUAUAUAAUAUAUUAUUAGCAUGGUGUAUAAUAUAUAAUGGGGUAUAUAUUAUUAGCAUGGUGUAUAUAAUGUAAUGGGGUAUAUAAUAUAUUAUUAGUAUGGUGUAUAUAAUGUAAUGGGGUAUAUAAUAUAUUAUUAGCAUGGUGUAUAUAAUGUAAUGGGGUUAUAAUAUAUUAUUAGCAUGGUGUAUAUAAUAUAAUGGGGUUUAUAAUAUAUUAUUAGCAUGGUGUAUAUAAUGUAAUGGGGUAUAUAAUAUAUUAUUAGCAUGGUGUAAUGGGGUAUAUAAUAUAUUAUUAGCAUGGUGUAUAUAAUGUAAUGGGGUAUAUAAUAUAUUAUUAGCAUGGUGUAUAUAAUAUAAUGGGGUAUAUAAUAUAUUAUUAGCAUGGUGUAUAUAAUGUAAUGGGGUAUAUAAUAUAUUAUUAGCAUGGUGUAUAAAUAUAAUGGGGUAUAUAAUAUAUUAUUAGUAUGGUGUAUAAUAUAUAAUGGGUAUAUAAUAUAUUAUUAGCAUGGUGUAUAAAUAUAAUGGGGUAUAUAAUAUAUUAUUAGCAUGGUGUAUAAUAUAUAAUGGGGUAAUAUAUUAUUAGCAUGGUGUAUAUAAUGUAAUGGGGUAUAUAAUAUAUUAUUAGCAUGGUGUAUAUAAUGUAAUGGGGUAUAUAAUAUAUUAUUAGCAUGGUGUAUAUAAUGUAAUGGGGUAUAUAAUAUAUUAUUAGCAUGGUGUAUAUAAUAUAAUGGGGUAUAUAAUAUAUUAUUAGCAUGGUAAUGUAUGGUGUAUAUAAUGGGGUAUAUAAUAUAUUAUUAGCAUGGUGGUAAUGUAUUAGCAUGGUGUAUAUAUAAUGUAAUGGGGUAUAUAAUAUAUUAUUAGCAUGGUGUAUAAUGUAAUGGGGUAUAUAAUAUAUUAUUAGCAUGGUGUAUAUAAUGUAAUGGGGUUUAUAAUAUAUUAUUAGCAUGGUGUAUAUAAUAUAAUGGGGUAUAUAAUAUAUUAUUAGCAUGGUGUAUAUAAUGUAAUGGGGUAUAUAAUAUAUUAUUAGCAUGGUGUAUAAUAUAUAAUGGGGUAUAUAAUAUAUUAUUAGUAUGGUGUAUAAUAUAUAAUGGGGUAUAUAAUAUAUUAUUAGCAUGGUGUAUAAUAUAUAAUGGGGUAUAUAAUAUAUUAUUAGCAUGGUGUAUAAUAUAUAAUGGGGUAUAUAUUAUUAGCAUGGUGUAUAUAAUGUAAUGGGGUAUAUAAUAUAUUAUUAGUAUGGUGUAUAUAAUGUAAUGGGGUAUAUAAUAUAUUAUUAGCAUGGUGUAUAUAAUGUAAUGGGGUAUAUAAUAUAUUAUUAGCAUGGUGUAUAUAAUAUAAUGGGGUAUAUAAUAUAUUAUUAGCAUGGUGUAUAUAAUGUAAUGGGGUAUAUAAUAUAUUAUUAGCAUGGUGUAUAAUAUAUAAUGGGGUAUAUAAUAUAUUAUUAGCAUGGUGUAUAUAAUGUAAUGGGGUUUAUAAUAUAUUAUUAGCAUGGUGUAUAUAAUAUAAUGGGGUAUAUAAUAUAUUAUUAGCAUGGUGUAUAUAAUGUAAUGGGGUAUAUAAUAUAUUAUUAACAUGGUGUAUAUAAUGUAAUGGGGUUUAUAAUAUAUUAUUAGCAUGGUGUAUAUAAUAUAAUGGGGUAUAUAAUAUAUUAUUAGCAUGGUGUAUAUAAUGUAAUGGGGUAUAUAAUAUAUUAUUAGCAUGGUGUAUAAUAUAUAAUGGGGUAUAUAAUAUAUUAUUAGUAUGGUGUAUAUAAUGUAAUGGGGUAUAUAAUAUAUUAUUAGCAUGGUGUAUAUAAUAUAAUGGGGUAUAUAAUAUAUUAUUAGCAUGGUGUAUAUAAUGUAAUGGGGUAUAUAAUAUAUUAUUAGCAUGGUGUAUAAUAUAUAAUGGGGUAUAUAAUAUAUUAUUAGUAUGGUGUAUAAUAGAUUAUAUAACACACUCAGUGCUGGCUGCAGGCACUGUGGCUCACUGUAGUCAUGGUGUCACAGGAUUUAUAGCCUGGAUGGCACCUAAACCACGCCCAUGCCCCAAACCACGCCCACCCCACACUGUCACCAGGAGGGUGCAGUGACAUUCAAAUCCAGCCAAUAGGAUCUCACAAACAAACCCUCUGCCCCGCCCCCUUCAUUAAUUAUUACACACGGUAGUCAAUCAAUUUUAACACGCCCAGUGGGCCUGCAGAAGGACCUGGAAAUGCCCGCCCACUACUUGCAAGCCUUGGCCAAUCACAGAGAGACAUUGUCUCUCUGGCAGAACCAGUUUAUAAUGGCUGUGGGAAGGACCCCAGUGUGAGGUGUCCAGCGCACUGCCUGCUCUCUCCUUGCUCACUUUUUUAAAAACUCCUUUUAUGUUGUUUUCCUGUGUGGGGCAGAGAGGCAGAACAUGGACAAUAUAACCAGCUGGGGGAGGAUAGUGUUACCCUCUAGUGCCCUGUAAUACCCUCUAUUACCCUGUGUUACCCUCUAGUGCCCUUUAAUACCCUGUGUUACCCUCUAGUGCUCUGUGUUACCCUCUAGUGCCCUUUAAUACCCUGUGUUACCCUCUAGUGCCCUUUAAUACCCUCUAUUACCCUGUGUUACCCUCUAGUGCCCUUUAAUACCCUGUAUUACCCUCUAGUGCCCUUUAAUACCCUGUGUUACCCUCUAGUGCUCUGUGUUACCCUCUAGUGCCCUUUAAUACCCUCUAUUACCCUGUGUUACCCUCUAGUGCCCUGUAUUUACCCUGUGUUACCCUCUAGUGCCCUGUAAUACCCUCUAUUAUCCUGUGUUACACUCUAGUGCCCUUUAAUACCCUCUAUUAACCAGUGUUAUCCUCUAGUGCCCUGUGUUACGCUCUAGUGCCCUGUAUUUACCCUGUGUUACCCUCUAGUGCCCUGUAAUACCCUCUGUUACCCAGUGUUAUCCUCUAGUGCCCUGUAAUUACCCUGUGUUACCCUAUAGUGCCCUUUAAUACCCUCUAUUACCCUGUGUUACCCUCUAGUGCCCUUUAAUUACCUCUAUUACCCUCUAGUGCUCUGUGUUACCCUCUAGUGCCCUUUAAUACCCUCUAUUACCCUGUUACACUCUAGUGCCCUUUAAUACCCUCUAGUACCCAGUGUUAUCUCUAGUGCCCUGUAUUUACCCUGUGUUACCCUCUAGUGCCCUGUAAUACCCUCUAUUACCCUGUGUUACCCUAUAGUGCCCUGUAAUACCCUCUAUUACCCUGUGUUACCCUUUAGUGCCCUGUAUUACCCUCAGUUGCCCUUUAAUACCCUCUAUUACCCAGUGUUAUCCUCUAGUGCCCUUUAAUUACCCUGUGUUACCCUCUAUUACCCUGUGUUACCCUCUAGUGCCCUGUAAUACCCUCAAUUACCCUGUGUUACCGUCUGUUAUUAUUUUAUUAUUACCCCGUGGUACCUUCUAUUACCCUGUGAUACCCAGGAGCUCCCCAAUGUCAGAGGGGCUGGGAGCUCCUCAAGUUUAUUAACCUGUAAAAGCAACUAUUUAUUGGAAUUUACAUGUUUUGUGGUUAGUUUGCUUUUUGUCUGUGCUGGCAGAAGGUAAUGUCAGGAUGUGAUAUAUAAAGUAAUGAUUGUUACUCUGUAUAAGGAGCUGGUCACUGUGUAUGAAGUGAUGAUGGUGACUCUGUAUAAGAUGACUGUAUGAAGUGAUGAUGGUGACUCUGUAUAAGGUGUCAGUAUGAAGUGAUGAUGGUGACUGUAUUAGGUGACUGUAUGAAGUGAUGAUGGUGGCUCUUUAUAAGGUGACUCUGUAUGAAGUGAUGAUGGUGAUUCUGUAUUAGGUGACUGUAAGAAGGGAUGAUUGAUAGUGACUCUGUAUUAGGUGACUCUGUAUAAAGUGAUUAUGGUGACUCUGUAUGAAGUGAUGAUGGUGACUCUGUAUUAGGUGACUGUAUGAAGUGAUGAUGGGUACUCUGUAUAAGGUGACUGUAUGAAGUGGUUAUGCUGACUCUGUAUUAGGUGACCGUAAGAAGGAAUUAUUGAUGGUGACUCUGUAUUAGGUGACUGUAUGAAGUGAUGAUGGUGACUCUGUAUAAGGUGACUGUAUGAAGUGGUUAUGGUGACUCUGUAUUAGGUGACUGUAAGAAGGAAUAAUUGAUGGUGACUACUGGAUGUAGUUACAUAGCUGAAAAGAGACUUGCGUCCAUCAAGUUCAGCCUUCCUCACAUUUGUUUUUUGCUGUUGAUCCAAAAGAAGGCAAAAAAACCAAUUUGAAGCACUUCCAAUUUUGCAACAAGCUAGGAAAAAAAAUCCUUCUUGACCCCAGAAUGGCAGUCAGAUUUAUCCUUGGAUCAAGCAGUUAUUACCCUACAUUGAAAGAUUAUAUCCUUGAAUAUUCAGUUUUUUGCAAGUAUGCAUCUAGUAGCUGUUUGAAUAUCUGUAUGGACUCUGAUAAAACCACUUCUUCAGGCAGUGAAUUCCACAUCCUGAUUGUUCUUACAGUAAAAAAACCUUUCCUUUGCCUUAGACGAAAUCUUCUUUCUUCCAGUCUAAACGCAUGACCUCGCGUCCAAUGUAAAGUCCGGUUUGUGAAUAGAUUUCCACACAAUGGUUUGUAUUGGCCCCGAAAAUAUUUGUAUAAUGUUAUUAUAUCCCCUCUCAGGCGACGUUUUUCUAAACUAAAUAGGUUUAAAUUUGUUAACCUUUCUUCAUAGCUGAUAUGUUCCAUUCCUUUUAUUAAUUUUGUAGCCCGCCUUUGCACUUUUUCUAGUGCCAUAAUAUCCUUCUUUAGAACAGGUGCCCAAAAUUGCACAGCAUAUUCAAUAUUCGGUCUUACCAAUGAUUUAUAAAGAGGCAAAAUGAUAUUCUCAUCCCGAGAAUGAAUGCCCUUUUUCAUGCAUGACAAUACCUUACUGGCCUUGGCCACUACUGAUUGACAUUGCACAUUGUUGCAUAGUUUGUUGUCUAUAACAAUUCCCAAGUCCUUUUCAUGUGUUGUUAUCCCUAAUUCGCUUCCAUUAAGGGUAUACGUUGCUUGUGUAUUCUUUACGCCGAAGUGCAUAACUUUGCAUUUUUCAACAUUAAAUUUCUUCUGCCAUUUGAGUGCCCAGACCCCCAGUCCAUCUAAAUCCCUCUGCAGCAAAGUAAUAUCUUUCUCACAUUGUAUUAUUUUACAAAGUUUUGUGUCAUCUGCAAACACUGAAACAUGACUUUCAAUGCUGUCUUCGAGAUCAUUUAUAAACAUGUUAAAUAGAAGGGGUCCCAGAACAGACCCCUGAGGGACACCACUUGCCACCUCUGUCCAGUUUGAAAAUUUACCAUUAAUGACAACUCUUUGUACUCUGUUUUUAAGCCAACGUUCUACCAAGAACAAGCAUUUUCAUCUAGACCGAUUUCCUUGAGUUUGAACACUAAUGAAUUGAUGAUGGUGACUCUUUAUUAGGUGACUGUAUGAAGUGAUUAUGGUGACUCUGUAUGAAAUGGUUAUGGUGACUCUGUAUAAGGUGACAGUAUGAAGUGAUGAUGGUGACUCUGUAUAAGGUGACUAUAUGAAGUGAUGAUGGUAACUCUGUAUAAGGUGACAGUAUGAAGUGAUGAUGGUGACUCUGUAUAAGGUGACUGUAUGAAGUGGUUAUGGUGACUCUGUAUAAGGUGACAGUAUGAAGUGAUGAUGGUGACUCUGUAUAAGGUGACAGUAUGAAGUGAUGAUGGUGACUCUGUAUAAGGUGACUGUAUGAAGUGGUUAUGGUGACUCUGUAUAAGGUGAUAGUAUGAAGUGAUGAUGGUGACUCUGUAUAAGGUGACUGUAUGAAGUGGUUAUGGUGACUCUGUAUAAGGUGACAGUAUGAAGUGAUGAUGGUGACUCUGUAUAAGGUGACUGUAUGAAGUGGUUAUGGUGACUCUGUAUAAGGUGACUGUAUGAAGUGAUGAUGGUGACUCUGUAUAAGGUGACUGUAUGAGGUGGUGAUGGUGACUCUGUAUAAGGUGACUGUAUGAAGUGGUGAUGGUGACUCUGUAUAAGGAGCUGGGUCCCUCCCAUUGGGCUGUAUUGUUUGUGGUGAGGGAGGGGCGGCCAUUUUGUUGGGGGAGGGGUGGAGCCAUGUUUCGGGCAGUGGGAUCUCAUUAACCCCUGUAUAGCCGCCUGCCGGCUGUCUGAGUCCCGCUAACCCCCUGGAGGUCCCCUGGGAGCCCGGCUGCCGUGGCCCCCGUGAUCAGGCAUCGCCCUGGCCAGCUAUCUGGCUGGGCCGCCGGGGUCCUGCGCUGAGAGCCCGUGCUGGGGGGACUGGGAGACCCCGGGCCGACUGCUGCUCAAACACCGCGGUGAGUUGUUACAUUGUAGCGAUUUGUCUUUAAAUGUCUGUAACCUGCACCCCCCCAGCACCCCCAGCCUGCACCCCUCCCCCACCGCGGGCCCCGGGCCCCCCCUGCCCCCCGCAUUCCUGGCCUCCAAAUCAACCCCGAUCACAGGCAGCCGGGGGGAGCACAGGGCUGGGGGGGCCGGGCCUGGGGUCUGUAUACACAGAGAGACCCCCACCCCAAUAAACACAGAGCGAGAGAGAGACCCCCACCCCAAUAAUAUACCCAGCCUGGGGGGGCCGGGCCUGGGGUCUGUAUACACAGUGAGAGACCCCCACCCCAAUAAUAUACCCAGCCUAGGGGGGGGCGGGACUGGGGUCUGUAUACACAGAGAGACCCCCACCCCAAUAAACACAGAGAGAGAGAGAGAGACCCCCACCCCAAUAAUAUACCCAGCCUGGGGGGGCCGGGCCUGGGGUCUGUAUACACAGAGAGAGACCCCCCUCCCCAAUAAUAUACCCAGCCUGGGGGGGGGGUCUGUAUACACAGAGACCCCCACCCCAAUAGUAUACCCAGCCUGGGGGCGGGCCUGGGGUCUGUAUACACAGAGGACCCCACCCCAAUAACAUACCCAGCCUGGGGGGCGGGCCUGGGGUCUGUAUACACAGAGACCCCCCACCCCAAUAAACACAGAGACCCCCACCCCAAUAAACACAGAGCCCCCCACUAAUAAUAUACCCAGCCUGGGGGCCGGGCCUGGGGUCUGUAUACACACAGAGAGAGAGAGACCCCCCACCCCAAUAAUAUAUCCAGCCUGGGGGCCGGGCCUGGGGUCUGUAUACACAGAGAGAGACCCCCUCCCAAUACCCAGCCUGGGGUCUGUAUACACAGAGAGACCCCCACCCCAAUAUAUACCCAGCCUGGGGAGCCUGGGUCUGUAUACACAGAGACCCCCCCACCCCAAUAACAUACCCAGCCUGGGGGGGGGGCGGGCCUGGGGUCUGUAUACACAGAGAGACCCCCACCCCAAUAAACACAGAGAGACCCCCACCCCAAUAAACACAGAGAGACCCCCACCCCAAUAAUAUACCCAGCCUGGGGGGGCCGGGCCUGGGGUCUGUAUACACAGAGAGAGAGAGACCCCCACCCCAAUAAUAUAUCCAGCCUGGGGGGGCCGGGCCUGGGGUCUGUAUACACAGAGAGAGAGAGACCCCCACCCCAAUAAUAUACCCAGCCUGGGGGGGCCGGGCCUGGGGUCUGUAUACACAGAGAGACCCCCCCACCCCAAUAAUAUACCCAGCCUGGGGGGGGGCGGGCCUGGGGUCUGUAUACACAGAGAGAGACCCCCACCCCAAUAAUAUACCCAGCCUGGGGGGGGGCUGGGGCUGGGCCUGUGGUCUGUAUACACAGAGAGAGACCCCCACCCCAAUAAUAUACCCAGCCUGGGGUCUGUAUACACAGUGAGACCCCCCCACCCCAAUAAACAGAGAGAGAGACAUCCCCACCCCAAUAAACACAGAGAGAGAGGGAGACCCCCACCCCAAUAAUAUACCGGGCCUGGGGUAUGUAUACACAGUGAGAGACCCCCACCCCAAUAAACACAGAGAGAGAGGGAGACUCCCACCCCAAUAAUAUACCGGGCCUGGGGUAUGUAUACACAGAGAGAGAGACCCCCACCCCAAUAAUAUACCCAGCCUGGGGGGCAGGGCCUGGGGUCUGUAUACACGGAGAGAGAGAGACCCCCACCCCAAUAAUAUACCCAGCCUGGGGGGGCAGGGCCUGGGGUCUGUAUACACGGAGAGAGAGAGACCCCCACCCCAAUAAUAUACCCAGCCUGGGGGGCAGGGCCUGGGGUCUGUAUACACUGAGAGAGAGAGACCCCCACCCCAAUAAUAUACCCAGCCUGGGGGGGCAGGGCCUGGGGUCUGUAUACACGUAGAGAGAGAGACCCCCACCCCAAUAAUAUACCCAGCCAGGGGGGGCCGGGCCUGGGGUCUGUAUACACAGAGAGACCCCUACCCCACCCCAAUAAUAUACCCAGCCGGGGGGGCCUGGGGUCUGUAUACACAGUGAGAGACCCCCACCCCAAUAAACAGAGAGAGACACCCCCACCCCAAUAAACACAGAGAGAGAGAGGGAGACCCCCACCCCAAUAAACACAGAGAGAGAAGGAGACCCCCACCCUAAUAAUAUACCCAGCAUGGGGGGGGCAGGGCCUGGGGUAUGUAUACACAGAGAGAGAGAUACCCCCGCCCCAAUAAUAUACCCGGGCUGGGCCUGGGGUCUGUAUACACAGAGAGAGACCUUCACCCCAAAAAUAUACCCCCUGCCCCCCACAACCCAGUCUGGGGUCUGUAUACACAGAGAGAGACCCCCACCCCAAAAAUAUACCCCCCACAACCCAGCCUGUGGGGGGCGGGCCUGGGGUCUGUAUACACAGUGAGAGAGAGACCCCCACCCCAAUAAUAUACCCAGCCUUGAGGGGGUCAGGCCUGGGGUCUGUAUACACAGAGAGAGACCCCCCCUCCCCAAUAAUAUACCCAGCCUAGGGGGGGCUGGGCCUGGGUUCUGUAUACACAGUGAGAGAGAGAGACCCCCACCCCAGUAAUAUACCCCCUGCCCCCCACAACCCAGUCUGGGGUCUGUAUACACAGAGAGAGACCCCCACCCCAAAAAUAUACCCCCCACAACCCAGCCUGGGUGGGGGGUCGGGCCUGGGGUCUGUAUACACAGUGAGAGAGAGACCCCCACCCCAAUAAUAUACCCCCUGACCCCCACAACCCAGCCUGGGGGGGAUGGGCCUGGGGUCUGUAUACACAGUGAGAGAGAGACCCCCACCCCAGUAAUAUACCCCCUGACCCCCACAACCCAUCCUGCCCGGGCCGGGCCUGGGGUCUGUAUACACAGUGAGAGACCCUCACCCCAGUAAUAAAAACUCCUGCCCUCCACAACCCAGCUUGGGGGGGCGGGCCUGGGGUCUCUAUACACCCCAAUAAUAUACUCACUGCCCCCCACAACCCCGCCUGGGGGACUGGGCCUGGGGUCUGUAUAUAUAAAGAGAGAGAGAUCCCCCACCCCAAUAAUAUACUCACUGCCCCCCACAACACAGCCUUGGGGGGCCGGCCCUGGGGUCUGUAUACACAGAGAGGGGGAGACCCCCACCCCAAUAAUAUACCCCCUGCUCCCCACAACCCAUCCUGGGGGGGUUGGGCCUGGAGUCUGUAUACACAGAGACUGACCUCCACCCCAAUAAUAUACCCCCUGCCCCCCACAACCCUGAUCACAGCCAGUCUGGGGGUCUGGGCCUGGGGUCUGUAUACACAGAGACCUCCACCCCAAUAAUAUUCCCCCUGCCCCCCACAACCCCGAUCACAGCCAACCUGGGGUCUUUAUACACAGAGAGAGAGAGACCCCACCCCAAUAAUAUACCUCCUGCCCCCACAAUUACAAUCUCAGCCAGCCUGGCGGCCUGGCCUGGGUACUGUAUACACAGAGAAACACCCCAAUAAUAUACCCCCUGCCCCCCACAACCCCGAUCACAGCCAGCCUGGGGGGCCGAGCCUGUAUACAAAGAGAAAGACUUGCCCCCCCAAUAAUAUACACCCUUCCCCCAUCACAGGCAGCCUUUUAUUAUUAUUGCCAUUUAUAUAGCGCCAACAGAUUUCGUAGCGCUUUACAAUAUUAUGAAAGGGAGGAUUUAACUAUAAAUAGGACAAUUACAAGAAAACUUACAGGAACGAUAAGGUUGAAGAGGGAGGACCCUGCUCAAAUGAGCUUACAAUAUAUAGGCCUAGGGGGUAUAUCAAGAAAGAUCCUCAUCACUGGAACUACCCCCAAUAAUCUACCCUCCCUGGGCAUCUACCUCUAUGCCCCAAUAAUCUACCUCCAAUCCUCUUCUCCCCUCUACCUCCAAUAAUGAACCUCCACUGGACAUCUAUCCCCUCUACAUACAGUCAUCUACCCUGUCUGCCUCCGACCAUAUACCCCCAUGACCUCCAACUAUGAACCCCCCUCUGCCUUCAAUUAAAUACCCCCGCCUCCAUUCGUCUAUCCCCUCUACAGCUCCUGUAACCCUCUUUCCUCAAAUCUCCUACCCCCUAACUCAGCUUAGCUGUCAGCCUUCUCCUAAUCAAUAUACCCGCUAAGCAACUUCUGAUUAAUUACCCACCUGCACCUAAUCAGUUUCCCAUUACUCCUAUAAAGUUAUUAUUAUUCUGUAUAAUUUGGGGGACACAGGGUUAGUUUGUAAGGAAUUUUGUUGUGGACGGUUUAUUUUUAUUUAUUUAUUUAUUAUUCAGAAAUUACUUUGCAGUUUCUGUGCAAUAAAAUGAUCAAAUGAUGAAACCAGCCCCGUAGUGAAAAAUGAUGUAUGUAUAAGUACACAAACGGGAUGCCUAUUUCUGAGUGUAACUUGUUUCAAUGCUCCAUAGUAUACGCCACGGACGUUAUACCAAAGUUACUCUAUACUAUAGAGUGUCAGUUUGUUCAUACCGUAUGUUAGGAAAAUUUCCUAUGAUCAGCUGAGUAAACUGUCAGUAAUAUAGGGGAUUUGGUUUGUAAACAUGUCUGUGUGGGACAUUGUACUGGUCGAUAUGGUGAAUGGACAUGGUGUAUGGGGACAUUGUACUGGUGGGAUUUGGUGUUUGGAGCUGAUUGCAUGGGGACAUGGUGUAUGGGGACAUUGUACUGGUGGGAUUUGGUGUUUGGAGCUGAUUGCAUGGGGACAUUGUACUGGUGGGAUGCGUUUUAUAGAGCUGGUGGGAUUUGGUGUUUGGAGCCUAUUGCAUGGGGACAUUGUACUGGUGGGAUUUGGUGUUUGGAGCUGAUUGCAUGGGGACAUGGUGUAUGGAUGGGGACAUUGUACUGGUGGAUAUGGUGAAUGGACAUGGUGUAUGGGGACAUUGUACUGGUGGAUAUGGUGAAUGGACAUGGUGUAUGGGGACAUUGUACUGGUGGGAUGCGUUUUUUAUAGAGCUGGUGGGAUUUGGUGUUUGGAGCCUAUUGCAUGGGGACCUUGUACUGGUGGGAUUUGGUGUUUGGAGCUGAUUGCAUGGGAACAUUGUAUUGGGGGACAUGGGGACAUUGUACUAGUGGGAUUUGGUGUUUGGAGCUGAUUGGAUGGGGACAUUGUACUGGUGGUACUCUGUGCAUGGAGAUGAAAUAAAAUUCAACUUUUUUUAUGUUGGAUAUAGUAGCACAUCCAUUGUGUUGGUGUGAAAAAAUAACACAUUUUCAAAAAUGCCUGCAAGAGCGCAAUAUAAGCUAGAAUAUAAGUUAGUUUGAGCAGGGCCCUCUGCACCUUCUGGUCCUCUAUGUCCAACUUGACAUGUUACAGCUACUUGUUGUUAGUCCAUCAGUUGUACAGAACUGCAGAAUUGAUGGUGGCUGUUUGGUAUACAGGUUGCACAUAGUAUGGGUCACAUUUGGGGAUACUGUACCCAGAGCAUUGUCUGCAAAGAAGGUUGGUUUCCAGCUUUGUACUGGUUUGUUGUAUUGAUAACACAGUAUAUGGCAGUUGUGCUUUGCAGACAUUGUCCGCAAAUGUGAGGGGACGUGGGGACGUUCACAAAUGUGCGGGGACGUUCGCAAAUGUGAAGAAGUUGGGGGUGUUGGUAAAUGUGAUGGAAGGCACCAGAGGGACCUACCGGUAGUAUGGAAAAUAAAGGAAAAGGUCUUGCCAUUUGGAUCCAGUAAAUCGCUGGAAGGUGAUGACAUAACACCGGUGGAACUGGUAAAAUCUAAGAUGAUGGUGUGGCAUCACAUGGAUCUGAUAGUUUGGAGGAAAAUUAUGAUAUUUUUAGUAUCAACCGGUAAGGAGAAGGUUGUAUAGAACCAUAAAUCAGUAGAACUUUGUAAAUGGAGGGGGGUGGUACAAAACCAAAGGGCAUGCUAAUUGGAUCCUAGUAUGGUGUCAAUGGAACCUAAAGGGACACUCUAGGCCCCACACACGUUAGGUGCACUGUGUAGGUUAGGUUACAGUUAGUUAUACCGGGUGGGUUUAUAUUAUUAAAGGGACACUCCAGGCUCCCACACACAUUAGAUGCACUGUGUAGGUUAGGUUACAGUUAGUUAUACCGGGUGGGUUUAUAUUAUUAAAGGGACACUCCAGGCUCCCACACACGUUAGAUGCAUUGUGUAGGUUAGGUUACAGAUAGUUAUACUGGGUGGGUUUAUAUUAUUAAAGGGACACUCCAGGCUCCCACACACGUUAGAUGCACUGUGUAGGUUAGGUUACUGUUGGUAAUAAUGGAUGAGUUUAUAUUAUUAAAGGGACACUCCAGGCUUGGACACACGUUAGAUGCACUGUGUAGGUUAGGUUACAGUUAGUUAUACUGAGUGGGUUUAUUUUAUGAAAGGGACACUCCAGGCUCCCACACACGUUAGGUGCGCUGUGUAAGUUAGGCUACAGUUAGUUAUACUGGGUGGGUUUAUAUUAUUAAUAUUGUUGCCAUUUUUCCUAAGUGUUAAAAUUCUCAUCAAUCUGUUCUCCAAGGAUUAGUUAAUAAGGACCGAAUGACAGAUGCUGUAUUCUCAGCUUUAGUAACAUUUCCAGUUACUGAUGUUUUUUUUUUUAAUGGGAUUUAGGGUAACAAUGAAUCUUUACAAUGUCUCUCCAGGCAGUCUCUGAUUCUGUAGCAUGUGCAGACACAGAUUGUAAAACUGGAUUAAUUGAGUGAUUGGUAGAAUUCCGGCAAGAGUGCCAAAUGAGCAUCAGUAUAUAUAAUCGGUUUCCUAACUUUAUAUCUGUUUUGUAAAUGGUGAUUUACAUUGUAUCUUUAGAGGAAUGUCUUCAACCGCUCAUUAUUUAAAGGGUUAGUGUAGGUAAAAAUUGGCUAAGGUUUCAUGGUGUCACUAUGUGCAUGGCCUAGUAGGUCCCGGUGGCUGCCUGCAGACCCCUUUAGCACACUGAGAUGCUCCAGGCUGGUGCAUCUCAUUCUGGAUUAUAGAGACUGAUCUUUGUCCAUAAUGUCCUGUCUAGCAGGUGUUUAUGGGAUGUGUAGUUAAUCCUUAAAGAGGAACUAAAAUGUUCACAUAAGAUUAUUUUAACAGCUCAGUAAACUGAUUGCAGCCACAUUAUGGCAGCUUUCUGUUUAUAAAUAUCCCAGUUCCCCGUUUAGUGAACAGAGGUGUUUUACUAUUGGCAAAAUUGUAGACUGCACAUGCACACUCCACGACGCAGGUCUCUCCUGGGAGUGGGAAGAGAUAACCUUCUUUAUUGUGUAUGAGACAUGCGCAGAAACGCUGCUUAAUUGACCAAAGGCUACGCAGGUAACUGAGAGCUAGUGCAUGUUCAUUAAUCCUGGCAUCACGUUCACUCACCUCAAACCAGUUUCCGCUCUUUAAAGGGACACUAUAGUCACCAGAACAACUACAGCUUAUUGAAUUUGUUCUGGUGAGUAUAAUCAUUACCUUCAGGCUUUUUUCUGUAAAAACUAUCUUUUCAGAGAAAAUGCAGUGUUUACAUUACAGCCUAGUGAUAACUUCACUGGCCACUCCUCAGAUGGCUGUUAGAGAUCCUUCCUAGGUUCAAUUCAUCACUAUGAGGAGAUGCUGAUUGGCCAGGGCUGUGUUUGAAUCAUGCUGGCUCUGCCCCUGAUCUGCCUCCUUGUCAGUUUCAGCCAAUCCUAUGGGGAAGCACUGUGAUUGGAUCAAGCUACCACUUCUGAUGAUGUCAGCAGACUGCUUGUUUUUCUGAGACAAACAGCAUGCAGAGUUACAGCUUCAGGCUUGAAUACAGUAAGAUUUUACUAUAUGGAGGCAUGAGGGGCCCAGGGGGGGCUAGAUGGUGGUUUUUACACUAUAGGGUCAGGAAUACAUGUUUGUGUUCCUGACCCUAUAGUAAUCCUUUAAAUUGCUCAUUGGUCUUCUGAUAAAUGAUGCUUUCAACCAAAGUGUUCUUUAAAUGUACAUAAUCCAGUGGACUCGCUCCCUAUAAACUAGCUGCAAAGUCCACAAAUAUAUUUGUUUUAGGUUAUAUCUGAUUUAGGCACAAGUAACAGGGCUUUUAGUUUCAAUAUAUGAUCAUACAUUGCCUUUUGUACUAUAAAUAGAUUUUUGUCUGCCCUCCUGGGUGGUGUUUAUUCCUCAUUCUCGGUUCCUCUACUGGAAGUUUGGGGGUUCUGCGCAGUAUCUUAGCUGUUCCCAGAAUGCACUCUUUUGGACCGUGAUUUCAGAUGUCCCACCUGGCAGCUGUUGAAGCCACUCCCCCAACUUUGGGGUCCUAGCGUUGAGUGCUCCUAUCACAACUGGGACCUACUACUGCCUUCACUUUACAUGACCUUUCUAGUUCUUCUUUCAGUCCUUGGUAUUUGUCCACCUUCUCAUGUUCCUUCUUCCUAAAGUUAUAGUCACUGGGUAUUGACACAUCCACCACCAUUGCAGUCUUCUGUUUCUUGUCUACCACCACAAUGUCAGGUUGGUUGGCUAGUAGAUAAACAGAGAAAUAUUUAAUAACCCCUGUAUGGGGGAUAUCCCAGUAAGGGGUGGUCACUCUGGGCAUGAACCCUAAUAACGUUAGAAAAGAAAAAAAAAUGGGGAACAUCUCCUGAGGAUAUACUCUAUAACAUCAACCUCUUACCUUACGUUUGGACAAGUCAGCAUCUUGGUGAAUCUCUCCCCUUUUACCAUUCUUUAAUGUUUUUUGGUUCAAUAGAAGCCCAUUAAUUUAAGGUCGAUUCAGACCAGAUAUCCUGAUGGCUUAAUACAAUAACUGUUUUAAUUGAGAGACUUUAUGCCAUAACAGAUUAGUACCAUUCUGCCAUUUAUUGACAGAUAUGGGUGUUUCUGAGUUAUACUUUUUAGGCAAAUAAAUAUAGCCUGUUUGUUUACCUAUUAGAUAUAUAGUUAUCCUACCGUCACUAUAUGGUAUCUACUAUAGUAUCUCUUCAUCAUUAAUUGUGUUAUGUUGUAUUUUUUUUUUGUCACAGCCUAUUUACCAGUUUGUACCCCAAUGGGGAUCUCUCCUGAGGAGAUUAUCCCCAUUUUCUUUUCUGGUUGGCUAGUGCUUGUUUGUCUGGAUCUGGAAGUCCCACGGGAUGUUAGCCCUGUCUUUCUCAACCACCCUUUGUAGUAUCUCUCAUCUGGACGUAGGCAGGUCCAGCCCACAUUCUGUGCAGAUAUUUUGGUACACAAUCCUCCUUCCUUCCUGCUGGAGUACAGUCUCCGGGUGAUGGUUUUCGGGUGAAAUAGUUUCUGGGUCUUGACAUCCAUGGUGACCAGCUCUUCUCUUGGUCAGGUUAUUAUUCCAGCUUGGUACCUGAUGACUAGUAGAGCAUAUGUGUUGAUUACUUUUAUUUUGUGCUGAGACUUUAGGACUCUUUGGAGAUAAUUGACUGUUGCUAUCCUCCUGGCCUCUUCCUCUUGGUUGCCAUGUGUUUGUAAUACCCCCAGGAACUUGUAGCUGUUCUCUCCAUCUCCUAUUUGACCUUCUGGUACUUUAACUCCUUCUGUCCUGAUCAUCUUCACUUUUUUUGCCAUCUUAUUUAGUCUGGACCGACAUUCUGAUGUUCUUGCUGUAUAUCCUAGUUAGGUGGAUCAAUGAGUCAUUAUCUUGCUCACUCUUGACAUACAGCUUGAUGUCGUCCAUGUAGAGUAGGUGGCUGAUGGUAGCUCCACUCGUCAUGAUGAUCUGGCUAAGAAGGUUGAGGCCUAUGCAGGUCAGUAUCUUGGAUUGCACAUCACCUUGGUAAAUGUCAUAUUUGAUGUUCACUUGUGUUAUUGUCCUGGAAUUAGCUUCUAGAGUUGUUUUUCUACUUUCCCAUUGAGAUAAAGGCUCUUAAUGUCUUGUUGACCUUGUUUAGAGCCAAACAUUCCAGUAUCCGUGUGUGGCAUUGUGCCAUAGGCUUUCUUGUAGUCUAUCCAGGCUGUGCACAGAUUGGUCUGUCUGCUCAUUUCCCAUGUAACUGCUUGGUCUACCAUCAGUUGGUGUUUUGAGCCUCUGGUGUUGUUUCCAAUCCCCUUUGAGUAUUGCUCCUGUACUAAUCCAUGUGUUCAUCGAUCUUGGAGGCUAUGAUGCCUGACCGGAUCUACUGUGUUGUGGAGUGGCAGGUGAUCGGUCGGUAGUUAGAUGGUGGUGUUCCCUUGUGGACAUUCCUCAUGACCAGUAUUGUUCUGGCUUGUGUGUGUAUGUGGGAACUUCCUCAGGGACCAAAAAUGAAUUUAAAAUUAAUAACAAUCACUGCCAAAAAUUAAUCAGCCUACCCAUCCCUUCGUUCCCUGUUCUUAAAUAGGGUCAGUCCCGAUUGCAAUCAACUGUGUUGGGGAACAUCCCCUUUCGAUGUAUCCAAUCCUCCUUAGUUCUUCUUGACUGACAGCUUACGGUAUCCAUUUCCUUCACUUUUCUCCAGCUGCUCGCGAUCUUCGGCUGGUUGAAAUACCCACCGGUGCCAUCUUUAUUUCUAUGCGUUCCAACUUUGGGAUGCUUGCGGUUCAAAUUGCACUUCCAUGCGUUCCAUUACAAGGUCCACAUAUAUUAAAUGUAAAUGUUUGCUCGAAUCUGCUUAAAAUAAAAUAUAUUACCUGUUUUUCAAUAAUAUCAAUUCCUUUAAGCUGUCCUUUCUGACUUGAUUGGUGUUUAAAAAUUAUUUUUAACCAUAUUACUAUAUAUACACACAUCAAUUCUAGAGGGAAAAAAAAGCUUAUGCUGUUGUAGAACACAUUUAUUUUUCUUAUGAAUAGCUUAAUAAAUUAAUUUGUUAAUUAUAUUUGCUAUGGUGUUAUUUACAAAGAAUAUUUUGUAUAUAGAAACAUGUUUUUAUUAAUUUCUUUCUCUGUAUCUGUUUUUUUCUGUAUCUGUUUUUUCUUUCACAACAUUUACAAAUUCUUCAGUGUUAGUCAUCAAAAGCUUUUUUCAAAAACUAUAAGGAGAAAAAAAAAGGAAAAUAAAUAUAACAUUUUAACAGGAAUGAGUGAAUCUAUUAAUAAAUUAACUUUUUGUUGUUGUUGUUGUUGUCCUCAGUGGAAGGCAAUGUGUGACUGGCACAUCCUGAGAAGUAUAGCUAGUAAAGUGACAUGGACACUAGCAAUUUGAGGGUAAUAAUGUACUUUGGGGCUAAAGCACUACAAAACCUUGAUUGGCCAUUAUUGGCUCUAAGGAAACUGCCUGUAUUUUGGACAGCACCCAGAGACCCACUGAAACAUAACCACUACUGUGUACUGUAAUCAUACAAUCACAAAGUGCAACUAGAACGGAGUGUCAGGGCCGCCUGUUGGAAUGCUCCGGGGACGCGGUUUAUUUCAGCGAUUUUCCAUUUAUCUCUGCCUUUUUAAUCGCGGUUAGAGCGGAUUGCAGACCCCUGAUGCUCUCAAGAAAAAAAAAUCACAUUUUGUAAUCAUGCAAAGUUGUGAUGGUGCUUGGUGUCACUUGCUGGCAGUCAGGUGGCUAAUUAUAGUUCUCUAAUGUAACUAACGUUUCAAUGAAGAAGAAUGCUUUCAAUUACUGGAAAACAUGCUGUCAAUUAUCCAGUGCUUAUUGUAAAGCUAUUCCACCGCACAUAAUGCGGGACCGGAAUAAAUAUAUUUAUUAGAAGUUCUGCUGCGGUAUCCCGGAAAUUAUAUGCAUUGUGUCAGCUGCGCCACAUCAGCAGGCGUCGAUAUAUAGAAAGGUUGAUUCACUCCUGGAGAUCUGAGAUUUGAUUUGUGGAUGGAUUCAAUACUUCAUUAUACUCAUUGUUCACUGAGCUAUUCUUGAGCUAGGAUACGCUCCCUCGUCAGCACUCCAUAUAUGGUGGACUACAUCUCCCAUAAUGCUCUUCCAACCAUAUGGCAUGCAAAGCAAAGGGAGAUGUAGUCCACCACAUCUGGAGUACAGACUGUUGCCUACCCCUGUUCUAUAGGUACAAUCGUCGUAUUCCUUUGCAGUGCUGUCUGCUGGCAGAAAUGGACAAUAAUAAAAGGGCAUCAUUUGUGUAUUGCAUGUGUGCUCUCAUUGAAAGCUGUGCAGUGUAUGAAUGCAAGCUCAGAUCUCCCAUGGACAGGCCUUGUUUAUCUCGUGAAACCAAAGCACUGCGUCUGUAACUUCAGGGAGUUCAGGAAUCGCUACAGCGACCAGAAACAGAGCGGAGGCAGGGGAGCUCUAGGCACCAUAAGCUCUGCUUAGCGGUGCAGGUAGCUCAAUUUAUUCCUUACUUUCACCUUAAAUUAGAGGUUUUUUUUUUUUUUUGUGCUUUGCAGGCUCUUCACGCUGCCCCUUUAGGGCAACCCGCUGAUUUAAAAAUUACUAUGCAUUAUUUACGUUUGGAAAUGCAUAGGCCUAAGGUGAAACCGCUGUAUGUUUUAGUAUGAUCAUUCCCUUGAAUUUAUAUUUGCUUAUUGCUGCAUUAGCGAUGUGUAUUUUUCUUGCAUAAUUCCAUUGUGGGCAGCUUUGUUUUACAAUACGCUGUAACUGAUCAGUAAACUCCAGGUGAAGAAAAUUGUCUUUAUGUUACUUUAAUAGAAAGCAUUAAUGGAUUUAAUGGGUAUUUUUACACAUAGUUACAGAUACUUGGUUUUGAAGUAUGUUCUUGUAUACAUGUACAGAAAUAGUUCAGAUUUCCUAACUGAUAAAGGAACAGGGUUUUUUUUUGUUUUUUUUUGUCAGUCGUUCUUUUAUUGAAUCGUAAUGUUGCAAGGGUAAAGAAUGAAGAAGGGGAGACGAUAAAGAUGCAUAUAGGAUGGGGAUAGUACAGCACAAUAUAGAUAAUUUCUGAAAAUUGUCAGCCUCUUUUUAUAUUAACUACCGGUAAGUAGAUUAAGGGCAUGCAAGCAACUGUAAUGUAAGAAACUACGCUUGUAGCAAUACGAUUAAUGUAGAGGCAAUAUGCUAGUUGUUAAAGGACCACUAUAGUGCCCUGAGGGUGCCCCCACCCUCAGGGACCCCCUCCCGCCCGGCUCUGGAAAGGGGAAAGGGGUUAAAACUUACCUUUCUCCAGCGCUGGGCGGAGAGCUCUCCUCCUCCGAUCCUCCUCUUCUCCUCCCCGUCGGCUGAAUGCGCACGCGCGGCAAGAGCUGCGUGCGCAUUCAGCCGGUCUCAUAGGAAAGCAUUCAUAAUGCUUUCCUAUGGAUGCUGGCGUGCUCUCACUGUGAAAAUCACAGUGAGAAGCACGCAAGCGCCUCUAGCGGCUGUCAAUGAGACAGCCGCUAGAGGAAAUAGUGGAAGGCUUAACCCAUUCAUAAACAUAGCAGUUUCUCUGAAACUGCUAUGUUUAUGAAAAAAUGGGUUAACCCUAGCUGGACCUGGCACCCAGACCACUUCAUUAAGCUGAAGUGGUCUGGGUGCCUAGAGUGGUCCUUUAAAACAAGCUAGUGCGGUUAAACUAUUCAGUAGUUGAGUGUUUAGGAGCAUGCUAAGCUGCUGCGCCUUAACUGUGUGUGAACAUAGAAAACGUAACGCCUUACGCGAGAUGGUGAUGUCUUCGCUAACUUUCCUAUUGCCCAUGAGUUAUAAUAUGGCAUGUUAGGUAACGUGAGUGUAGGUAAAUGCAUAGAUAUUGUACUGCGUUUAGAGAGGCUUUGUAGGCAAGAUUAAGUCUCAUGCAUGUCAGACGUUGAGUAUGGUAUGCAAAAACUUAUCAGAGGGAGCGUGUCUGCUAGGCGGGAGCCCUCCAAAGAGCAUCAAUUUGGACACUGCGGAGUGGAUCCCAUAAGGAGCACAGCCAGGAGCUUUUUCUGUCGGGACUGUGAGGCAGAGAGUGAUUAGUCAGCUGAUACCCCUGCUGGGCAAGGUGGCACCUUCAGCUAAGAGAGUCCACAGGGGGGGCAGCACGAUGCGGGUAUGUGACGCCUGUCUGCAGGCCCCAGGUCUGGGUGCUGGGUGAUAGGCACUCGCAAGCUUAGCUGUCCGUUGGCCGCAAGGUGAGUAUGGUAGCCUGGUGUGGACCGGGAUGACCUCGGGCGGGGGUUCUCCAGCUGUUGUUUGUGAGCCCGGAGAGCCGCUAUCUCUGUGUCUCAGCCUUGUGUAGGCUGCAAUCCUUGGUCUGACAGCGUUAGGGCUCGGGAGAGGCACUAUCUGGUGCAGCAACCUCUCCCGGGUUGAGUGGUGUAGGUUGCGGAGUGUCGUUUUUUUGGGGUGGAACACCCCGGUUUGUGUCCCCAGACAGCUUGUGCUGAGCACGUCUGGGCUGCUUGGCUUUUAGGCCCCCCCCCCCCAUUAUACAGAUUUAGAGAGGAUAUACCAGUCUUCUCAUUACUUAUAGUGAGAUUCAGGGGUACAGCAGCUUGACUUAUCUUAACCACUGUAUUAUGCACCUUGCUGAAUAUCGUUUGGUGAUUUUAAAAAGAAAACACCAGUUUUGCAUGUGAUCUUACCGGGUAUCUAUAAAGUACUAUCACUACCUCUCUAUGUCCUGGGAUCCGCUCUAUAGAACGCAACACAAUACUCUACUGUAGGUGAGAUCUUACCGCUGAUCUAUAAAAUACUAUCACUACCUCUCUAUGUCCUCCUGGGGUCUGUGGCUUUCACUGUUAGAUUUUCUUUAAAAUGGUACAGUUUAAUUUUUUUAAACAUUUAUUUUUUAAAUAAAUGCAUUAUAUGUAAGAUUAGGAAAAAUAUAUCCAGGAUAUAGGCCAGGAGCUGCUCAUUCUUGUUGUGGUCACAGAACAAGACCACAAAAUGCUAAAGAGCAACACUUUUUUUUUUUUCUCCCCCCCCUUCUCCGGUUGCAACACUUCCUGCCGAGCUCCUAACUGCUUCUGGAAGUAAAGCCAACACAGAAACUGUUCAUCUGGAGCUUCAAAAACUGGUUCCCAUGGGCGAGCAGCUUUACGUAUGCCACGCUCACUGUGUGCCGUGCCCAAUGUUGGCUAGAGUGGUGUAAUUCAUUUUAAAAAAAUUUUUUAUUUAUUUUUUAAUCUUUUGAAAAGUGGAACAAUAUUACCUGUAAUGAUGAAUUGAUGAUCACCCUCAGAUGGACAAGUCUGGAAGUACUAUGAUAAUGCUGCCUGCCCUCGUAGGACCAACCUCGAUGAUUGGUGGAGGAAGCAUGGUGUCUUGGGCCGUUAUUCAUGGCUUGUGCCAGGCCUGUUGGUUCCAGUGGGAGAGAUGGUUUUUUAGUGUCGCAGCAUACAGUGAUGGCCUAGGCUAUUCUGUACUUCCAUCUUUGUGGCAAUAUCUUGGAGAAAGCCCUCUCCUGCUUACCAGCUAUUUUAGAGCCUCAAGCUACUUGACCACUCCCAGGCCCAUAGUCUAGUUUACCUCUCAGAAGUGGGGUCCAAGCUCACCAGUGUGCCAUCUCGUGAAAAUGUUCCCUGCUAGGACGAAGAAGUGAGAGGAGGAACGAGGGGUCCAACUUCAUGUUAGUGGUCAAGAUUUUUAAUUGGGAGAAAAACACCCACAAAGUAACUGCUUUCAGUUUCCACAAGGAAAGGUUUAGAGUCAUUAUAAGAUGUUGAUUUCCAGAGAAAUUAACAGUUUAUUAUUUCUGUCUUUCUUUACACUGAGUGACGGUGAAGGUAAACUUGCUGAGCCAGUCCAAGUCCGGUGAUUGUAAGAGGUUUAAUGAAUAAACUUGCUUUUUGGAUGCAUUCAGAGUUUGGAGAGGGGACGUGGGGGCUAGCAAUGUUAAGAGUGUUUGGCUGAUGUAAUCACUUCAGCUUUACAAAUAAAUCAUUUUAUUGCAAAGUGUGGAGUUCCCCCAGAUCUGGUUUACGAGGAUCCCUCAGCUCUGCUUUGAGUGAAUGCUCAGAGCCAUUGAGUAAUACCAUCCAGCGAGGAAGGGUGACCGCUUCGCUCAUUUAUAGGAAUGCGGGUUUUUCUUAAAUUUGUCACUUUUAUAACAUGAGAGCGAGGGGACAUGCACAGCUUGCUCACGGUUUUUAGGUGUUUAGUGCCUGACAUAAGGUAAAACACUGAGACAAAAUAGUCUCUACUAUAUCUUUUGACUGGAAUUCAGUGAAAUUCCAACACCAUCAAUGUAAGCAUUUCAUAAAGAUUCAGUGUUUAUGAAAUACUCAUUUUUGAUAUCAGGGUGACUGUACUACUUUAACCCAUUAAUGCAAAAGGAGGGCUUUAACACCAUUGGGGUGGCAUUGAACUCCCUAACAAUUGUUGUCAGGCAGAUCUCUCAACAUGGGGAGAGGGGGACCACUUAAUUAUGACCAAACAAAAUGUAAAUAGUGUCUGUCGAUAGUCUGCAAUAUGCCUAGGUGCUAAUCCAAUUAAAUCUGAAUAACCAUAGGGUCAAAACGUCAGUUUUUGUUGGACGUGUAGCAGUAAAGACACUUUUGUGAUGUCCUCUGAGUGCUGCCGUGUGUGUGUGUGUAUGUGUAUAUAUAUAUAUAUAUAUAUAUAUAUAUAUAUAUAUAUAUAUACACACACAAAAUAAUUUCAUUCUAUUGAGAGACCUGCAUGACAACCAAGGCAGAAGGUCCAGAGAAUAUUUUUUUUUUUUUUUUUAAACUCAUAAAACCUGUACAUGGGGGGUACGGUUGUACUUGGGAGACAUCACUGAACACAAAUAUGAGUGUUUUAAAAUGAGGAUGAUAUCCGUGAAAGGGCAGUUUUUGUGUAAAUAAAUUAAAAAAACAAAAACAAAUAUAAACUUUAAUUUUGGCCAGGGUUUGUGGCUACUCAAAAAGGCUGGACAUUUUGAAUACCGUGGGUUGUCUACUUCUACAAAUGGUAUGCCAUGAUGGGGUUAAUUUUCAUUCCUGGACUGCUAUACGGUCUCAAAGGCAACAUAGGCCCAGCAAAAACAAUCUGACAAAUUUCAAUGUGUAAAAACUGAAAUGGGCAAGCUCUUUAUUUGUAACUUUCCAAACCCCCUGAAAGUCUAUACAUGGGGGGCAUCAUUGUACCCGUGAGACAUUGCUGAAUACAAAUAUGAGUGUUUUAUUGCAGUAAAGACAACAAUAUCAAGACAUUCACAGUUAAAAUGCCAUGCAGAAGUUGGAAAAUAACAAAAUGUCUUAACUUUUAUUUAGAUUUCAUUCAUAUUACAUUUUCAUAUAUAAAUAUUUGAUGUAAAAUUAAAGUCCUGUUUCUCCUGAAGAAAAUGACAUCUAGUAAGUGUGUGUGCAAUUAAUAUAAAAGAGGUAUAUUAUGGAUGAACAGACAUAUGGUUCAGAUUCUAGGUUUUGGUUUUGUUUUGGCCCGAACUUGUACAAUUGUCUCCGUCCUUUAAGGGUUUAAACCUUAGAUCUGUCCUGCAGGGAGGUGUGCUGCCAGGAAGGGUUUAUUUCCUGCGGAGCCUUCUUAUUCAGGAAGGAUGUAAACCUAAGUGUUGUAAGUUGUGGAAUUGUGUUGGGAAAAUAACCUCAUGCUUUUUUAGAUCAAUUAUGUACCAAUCAGAUUGUAUGCCACAGCUGUAAUAUUCACCCCUUUUCACAUUAAAUUGGGUGGGUAUACGUGUAUAUUAAAUUAUUGAUGGUACUGGGUAAUUACUGCCCUGAACCCCCAUGCCGUGCUCUAAAUAUUUGCAAAAGCGAUAAAAUUAUAUAUUUCUACAGAAGUUCUGGAUGAUUCUUUCUGUUUCAAAUCUCGACAAUUGUUGCUUUUUCCCUCUGUUGCUGCCGGUUUCCCUCUGUUGCAGUCGGUUCGUUAGCUGCCGGUUUUUCUCUGUUGCAGUCGGUUCGUUAGCUGCCGGUUUCUCUCUGUUGCUGUCGGUUCGUUAGCUGCCGGUUUCUCUCUGUUGCUGUCGGUUCGUUAGCUGCCGGUUUUUCUCUGUUGCUGUCGGUUCGUUAGCUGCCGGUUUCUCUCUGUUGCUGUCGGUUUGUUAGCUGCCGGUUUCUCUCUGUUGCUGUCGGUUCGUUAGCUGCCGGUUUCUCUCUGUUGCUGUCGGUUCGUUAGCUGCCGGUUUCUCUCUGUUGCUGUCGGUUCGUUAGCUGCCGGUUUUUCUCUGUUGCAGUCGGUUCGUUAGCUGCCGGUUUCUCUCUGUUGCUGUCGGUUUGUUAGCUGCCGGUUUCUCUCUGUUGCUGUCGGUUCGUUAGCUGCCGGUUUCUCUCUGUUGCUGUCGGUUCGUUAGCUGCCGGUUUCUCUCUGUUGCUGUCGGUUCGUUAGCUGCCGGUUUCUCUCUGUUGCUGUCGGUUCGUUAGCUGCCGGUUUCUCUCUGUUGCUGUCGGUUCGUUAGCUGCCGGUUUCUCUCUGUUGCUGUCGGUUCGUUAGCUGCCGGUUUCUCUCUGUUGCUGUCGGUUCUUUAGCUGCCGGUUUCUCUCUGUUGCUGUCGGUUCGUUAGCUGCCGGUUUCUCUCUGUUGCUGUCGGUUCGUUAGCUGCCGGUUUCUCUCUGUUCAGUCGGUUAGCUGCCGGUCUGUUGUCGGUUCGUUAGCUGCCGGUUUCUCUCUGUUGCUGUCGGUUCGUUAGCUGCCGGUUUCUCUCUGUUGCUGUCGGUUCGUUAGCUGCCGGUUUCUCUCUGUUGCUGUCGGUUCGUUAGCUGCCGGUUUCUCUCUGUUGCUGUCGGUUCUUUAGCUGCCGGUUUCUCUCUGUUGCAGUCGGUUCGUUAGCUGCCGGUUUCUCUCUGUUGCUGUCGGUUCUUUAGCUGCCGGUUUCUCUCUGUUGCAGUCGGUUCCUUAGCUGCCGGUUUCCCUCUGUUGCAGUCGGUUCGUUAGCUGCCGGUUUCUCUCUGUUGCAGUCGGUUCCUUAGCUGCCGGUUUCCCUCUGUUGCAGUCGGUUCCUUAGCUGCCGGUUUCUCUCUGUUGCAGUCGGUUCCUUAGCUGCCGGUUUCUCUCUGUUGCUGUCGGUUCCUUAGCUGCCGGUUUCUCUCUGUUGCAGUCGGUUCGUUAGCUGCCGGUUUCUCUCUGUUGCAAUUAUUCUACCCAUUCUGUUUUUAGCUGAAAUAUGACAAAGCACUUAAAAUGACGAAAUCCUGAGAGGUAGUGUGUGAUGCAACAACACUGUACCUGUUAGAAAGUCAUUAAAAUAGGUGACCCUUCUAUUAAUGCCAAUAAAUCAUUCACUGGUGUGAGUGUGGUGUGUUAAUCCUGUUAUCUGUGUUGGAUGCUUUUAUUGCUAGCUCUCCUGUGUGCGCUCCUUAGAUACAUGGAAUAGCAUUGCAGCAGAGGUGGUAGAGAUUAAAAGAGUGGAAGUGCUGUGUGUGUGUGUGCUAAAUCUGCUAGAUAAAUUUACCACGUUAUUACGAUCUAUGCUGCAGUGCAGGUGAAUGGGGACAUUUAAGGUCAGAAUUGUUUCCUCUCUACAUAUUAAGGACUGUGUCUACUUUCUUUAUACUCCUCCUUGAUCCCGUGUUUCAGCAGAUAAUACGUAUUUUCUACAGAUACGGCCUUUGUGGGAUCUUUCUGCCGGACCUGCUGUAACAAGAAGCACCAUAGAGCAGUGCUGUCUGCGCCAGAAUGCAUGGACUAGGGACACAUCUAGUAAAUAACUCUAUGGUGUGUUCUGUCUGUAUCAGCUGGCACAAUAUAGAAGAAAUGUCCAGGCAAUUUUAUUGAACCCACUCCAUCAGUAAAUUGCCUGGUUUGUACCUUGGAGUGCCUGGACCUUUUGCUACUCAGCAUUUGGUCUCUGGUACUGAGACUGCCCGAGUUGCACCCAGCUACAUACUACUUAAAGGGACAGAGUGCAGUUCCACACCCUACCUCAACUAUAUCAGCAGGCACGUCCUCCAGCUCCCCAUCGGAGCUUCCUAAACUAGAACCUCAAAAACGAAUUCUGAAAGGCAUGUCACCUGGCCCUUUAUUAGAGGAAAAAGCAUUUAAACUGCCUAGAAGCUAAUGAGUCAAAGAGAAACUGUCCCCUUUGGGGUCGGGACUUGUUUAAAAAGCUUGUUGUGUGUGCUUCCUUUUACUUUGUUUUUAAUCUUUUGUUGACCCUGGUUUUAUCCAAGGCAGUCAGAGAACCCUAUCUGUAGAGAUUGUGCAGUCUAAUCAGGGCUGUCUGGCCUCCCAUACAAACAGAAUAUAGUGAAUCACAAACACUAUAGAAUAACCCUUGUGGCUAUCAAACGGGGAAAAACUUUUUUUUAAAAAUAAUUACCCCUAGUAGGGAUGUGUAAAAGACUCCUCAAGGUCUUCAAUAUAAAUAUAAAACAGUAGAAAACACACCCUAAUCAAAUAUAAAGGGAGACCAAUGGUGCAGACUAAAAAUUAAAAAAACAUCAAACCAUAAAAAAUAUUUAAAAAAAAUACACUCACAAACAAAGAUAUUAGUAGGCAGGAUAUAAAUAGUCUUCUUAAAGUGCUUCGUCUCUUCUUAAUGUAGAAAAUGCUUAAAACAGAGCACAAAGACAGACCAUAGUGUGUAACUGUAUAAUAUUAAAAAUGUAACUUUUAUUGGAUACACUUACAAAGUGAUAGUAGUUAUCAGGCUCUUCACAUCAUAUAUCAAAGUCUUCCAUCAAAAUAAUAACCCUCAGGAUACACAGAAGAGUGGAGACAGAGAAGAUGGAGAGGUCCACAGUAAAAACAAUGAAUAAAAGCUUGCCACCCUACGCGUUUCGUCAAAAUGACUUCAUCAGGGUCUUGUGGCCUCCCAUACAGUUUGUGGUUUAUUUGUGUGUUCGAUGCCGUAACCUGCUGCCUAACCUGCUGCCGCUGAGAUGUCCUGAGAUGUCGGGGUCAGAGGUCCACAGGAAGGAGCUGUGACCUAACGUGUGACAGAUAUUUGUUGUUAUACUAUGUGACUUGUUCAGUAAACAAUAACUUAGUGGUUGCAAAUAUAUAAAGUAUAGCCACUACAUGCAAAAGUGGGAAACCUUAGUGGAUAGCUUAGUGGUUAACUGAAAAAUAGUUUAUAAAAUUCAGGCGAAAAGCUGUUACAAUAAAAAGUAAAAAGGCACUUUUGCAAUUGGUCUCUUUUUGCUUUAUUUUGAAAAGUUUAUAUUUUUAAAUUGCAACUCACAGUUUAUUAUAGUUUUAGAUUUUUUUCAUCCACUCUGAUAUAGGGGGUUCAGACUACCAUUGUACAGCGCAAUGGAAUUUGCUGGCGCUAUAUAAAUAAUAAUAAUGUAAGACCUCCUGUGUUCAUUGCAAACACCCUGGAAAGAACCCAGCUUCCAAAAUACCAGACCAGGCCACAUUCCUUCCAUUAGUACCCUCCACCCCCCUGGUGUUUAACCCCUCGCUGACUGGAACACCAUACAUGUUCUGGUGUUUAGGGUCAAUACACGCCUGUGCUUUCACAAAACUUGGAGCACAGACAUAUACCUAGUACACGUUUAUAAAUGGUUAACUGCACUCCUGCUGCUGGUGGUGUGUUUUGUGGUUUCGAAUACUUGUGGUCGUACAUGUAAAGGAGAUUCCCUGCUUGUCUUCUACAGGAGGAAAUGGCCAGAUUCCUUAAUGCCAUCUGCUGUGUGCCAUGUCUCCUAGGCACAUGUUUUCUGAUUACAGUGAGCUGUUUGCAGAAACGAGGCAGUUGUUGGAUCUGGAUGUGAUACAGUGUUUGUUUGUGAUUGUGGGAGCUCUGGGAUGAGCUGGGAUUCACCCUUCACUCCCCCCUCUGUUUCUUUGGAAUGAGUGCUGUGUGUGUGUGCGCAAUGCAGGAAAGAAUCUGUUUCUGGGAUAUUCCAUGUGAGGAGGGCCGAUGUGUUUGUGUCUGAUUUUCAGCAGGAAUGAAGAAUGACAGAGUCAGAUUCUCCACACCACAAACAUACUGUGCGCUAUUACAAUGCAGGUGCCAUGCAGCCCCCGUAACUGGCAUCAUUAUUUCAUUGCUACCAGUUAAAUGAAUAUGCGGUAUCUGAUGCGUGCCGUGGCAGUAUUGGAGGGAUAUGAUGCGUUGUGGCAGUAUUGGACGGGUACGAUGCAUUGUGGCAGUAUUGGAGGGAUAUGAUGCGUUGUGGCAGUAUUGGAGGGAUAUGAUGCGUUGUGGCAGUAUUGGGGGGAAAUUAUGCGUUGUAGCAGUAUUGGAGGGAUAUGAUGCGUUGUGGCAGUAUUGGAGGGAUAUGAUGCGUUGUGGCAGUAUUGGAGGGAUAUGAUGCGUUGUGGCAGUAUUGGAGGGAUAUGAUGCGUUGUGGCAGUAAUGGAGUGGUAUGAUGCGCGUUGUGGCAGUAAUGGAGGGAUAUGAUGUGUUGUGGCAGUAUUGGAGGGAUAUGAUGCGUUGUGGCAGUAUUGGAGGGGUAUGAUGCUCGCUGUGGCAGUAUUGGAGGGGUAUGAUGCUCGCUGUGACAGUAUUGGAGGGAUAUGAUGCGCACUGUGGCAGUAUCGGAGGGGUAUGAUGCGCGCUGUGGCAGUAUCGGAGGGGUAUGAUGUUCGCUGUGGCAAUAUUGGAGGGGUAUGACGCGCGUUGUGGCAGUAUUGGAGGGGUAUGAUGCUCGCUGUGGCAGUAUUGGAGGGGUAUGAUGCCCUCUGCGGCAGUAUUGGAGAUGUAUGAAGCUCGCUGCGGCAGUAUUGGAGGGGUAUGAGGCCCGCUGUGGCAAUAUUGGAGGGGUAUGACGCGCAUUGUGGCAGUAUUGGAGGGGUAUGAUGCUCGCCGUGGCAGUAUUGGAGGGGUAUGAGGCCCGCUGUGGCACUAUUGGAGGCGUAUGAUGUGUUGCGGCAGUAUUGGAGCGGUAUGGUGGGCGCUGUGGCAUUAACGAAGAGUUGACGUGUUAUUACUGGCAUUGUAAUUGCGGAGAUUCUCUUUCACGAACCAACAUCCCUGUUUGUUCGUAUUGUUUUCUGCCAUUCGGCUGCUGUGAGUGAAGCUGUACUGGCGAAAAGCCAAGAUUGGCAGGCUGCCAGGACUCCUGUCUACCAGAACAAAGUCAUCUCUCACCUUGGAGCUCCCAGACAUGCAGAACAACGCUCAGCAUUGUGUGAGCCCUCGAUGAUGUCAUCAAACACCGUCCAGGUCCCAUGGCGAAGUGUAAAAUAUAGGGAUUGCCUCUAUCUGCUUUGGUGUACUGUUUGGGUCAGUUACUAUCAAAAAUUAUUUACAUAUCCAUUUAGAUGUGACUUUUUAUUUAUUUAUUUUUAAAUUAUUUUUGUUUGAUCAUUGAGCCCAAUAUAAAUCGGUGUUGGGAAGUAAGCCUCAGCCACUUUUAUAGCCGGUACCAUCUAAGACGGCAUUGGCAUUAUUACUGGAUGUUCUAAAUAAACAGUUUUUUGGUUUUUGUUUAUUUGUUUUUUUUUUUCAUUGACUACAAACAGAGAUUCAUGUAUACAGUAUUUACAUAUAUAUCUCUCUACCACCUUUCCGGUUUGUUAUAACAAUCUCUCUCGCUGUGGACGGCUAUAGCGAUCUCUCGCGCGCUGGACGGCUAUAGCGAUCUCUCUCGCGCGCGCUGCACGGCUAUAGCGAUCUCUCUGCGCGCUGCACGGCUAUAGCGAUCUCUCUCGCGCGCGCUGCACGGCUAUAGCGAUCUCUCUCGCGCGCGCUGCACGGCUAUAGCGAUCUCUCUGGCGCGCGCUGCACGGCUAUAGCGAUCUCUCUGGCGCGCGCUGCACGGCUAUAGCGAUCUCUCUGGCGCGCGCUGCACGGCUAUAGCGAUCUCUCUGGCGCGCGCUGCACGGCUAUAGCGAUCUCUCUGGCGCGCGCUGCACGGCUAUAGCGAUCUCUCUCAUCUCUCUAUCCAUGUGCUGUACAGUCUAGGUAUCCUGUAUGACCACAGCUCUCUCUUGUCUCUUGCAGUUGACAUGGAUGAUGAAGACGGCCGGUGUUUGCUAGAUGUAAUUUGGUGAGUUGAUUUAAUUUGUGUGCAACCCUUCCAUGUUCUAUGUGCUUGUUUAAACCUCAGCUUCCUGCCAUGUAUGUGUACACUGGGGAGACUGGGGCCCCACGCUGCGCACGCUAAGGAGACUCGGGCCCUACGCUGCGCACGCAGGGGGAGACUGGAGACCCGGGUCUCAUAAGAUUGUAAACCUGGUUUAGGGAAUAUUUUCACCAUAACUAGUUGAGGCUUUUCGGAUUUAGCUGUACCCCUGGAGACACUUUAGGAGUUGAUUCCCUAAACACCGAAUUGUAUUGAAUUGAAAACCAAACUGGCAAAAUUAAGGGGGGUGAGGGGAGGGAAUGCAAAUUUAGAUAAAAUUCUCAAAUUUGCAUAUCAUCCAUAUUUGGUUUUCAGUUUACUGUAUUUUGCAGUUUAGUAAAUAACCUGGAAUAGAGAGAUUUACAUAUUUGGAACAAUUCCAUAUAAUAACACAUUUUGAUGUGUUUCGAGCAAAUACUGUAUGCAAAAUGGAAAAGUUAAAGAUUCUUCCCUUAAAAUGUGCUUCUUUCUCUUCCAGCGACCCACAGGCUCUGAAUGACUUCUUACACGGAUCCGACAAGGUGGGUUCUCCUGGCCACUUCCUAUGAUAUUACACUGCCGACAUCUAUUUUAGAAAUCCAAACUUUUACUACAAGUAGAAAUAUUGUUAUGCAGAGUUUGGCAAACACUUGAAUCUGGUGCCUUUCAUAAAGCGCUAUAAUAUUGGGAUUGUGCAAUUAACUAAAACCGAUAAUUACUGUUAAUUCCUUUUCAGAUUGAUGGAGAUGACUUGUUGGAGAAUACUGGAGAUGCGACUAAUGCCUUCUUUGUGGGCACAGGGGUAAUUACUGCUCUUCUGUACCUGGCUGGGGUUAGGUUUACUGUGGAGAGUACGAGGGUGUCUUGUGCGAGGUGACAAGACAUUUUAUUUUGCCUAAAUGGCUACUUAAUGAACAUCUUUUUUCAAUCAUGGCUUAUAUCCGUCUAUAAUAAUGAAAUGCACAUGUUUUGAAGCCACCUACAGCAAAUUUUUACUUGGACUGCCAUUCCUUCUGUCUUGGUUUAUAUAGCAUAAAGCAGUGGUUCCCAAACUUUUUAGGUUUAAGGCACCCUUAAUAUUUCAAUAUUUUUCCAAGGCACCCCAAGUCAAAAUUUCUAGGUUGUAUGGGUACAGACAGCCCUGCAACAUACUGGCGCCAUAGUGUAAUGUACAGUGUUGGUGUUUGUAUAUACUGUAGUUAUUGUUUUAAAGGACCACUAUAGUGCCCUGAGGGUGCCCCCACCCUCAGGGUCCCACUCCCGUGGUGCUGAGGGGGGAGGAAGGGGUUAAUCCCUUACCUUUUUUUCCAGCGCUGGGACUCUCCACCCUCUUCUUCAGUCACCGGCUGCAUGCGCGCAUUCAGCCAGUCUCAUAGGAAAGCAUUAUCAAUGCUUUCCUAUGGACGCUGGCGUCUUCUCACUGUGAAAAUCACAGUGAGAAGCGCAGAAGCGCCUCUAGCGGCUGUCAAUGAGACAGCCACUAGAGGCUGGAUUAACCUAUUAUAAACAUAGCAGUUUCUCUGAAACUGCUAUGUUUACUGCAAAAAGGGUUAAACAUAGCUGGACCUGGUCUGGGUGCCUGUAGUGGUCCUUUAAUACAGGGAUGUGUUUGUAUGUAAUGUUUGCAUUUGAUUGCAGGGGUGUGUCUGAAUGUAAUGUUCACUUUUAAAUGCGGAUGUACAUUUGUGUGAGUGAAGGGGUGUGUUUUUAUAUAUUUUUUGAGUUUGAAUGCAGAGGUGUGUUUGUAUGUAAUAUUUUGUUAGAUUGGAGAAUAUAUAUAUAUAUAUAUAUAUAUAUAUAUAUACACACACACGUGACUUUUUAUUUUCUUUUUUUUAAUAUCUCCAGCCACCCUCCUGUUCCCUCCAGCUUACCUUAUGUGCCAGAAGGGUGGCUUGGAGUCCUGCUGCUGUGGGAGUGAGGGGUCUGGAGCUCUUUGUUCUCCAGACGCUGCAGCUGCCUCCUCCCGUGGUGUCUCCCAUCAGGAUGCUGGGAGGAAGUGACAAGAUGUUACUUCCUCCCAGCCGACUGACCUUACAGGGGCCCGGUCGCGGUCUUAAAGGACCGCGGCACUCAACCGGGCCCCUGUUCAGCAGUAAUGUUUCCCUAUAAUCAUAGCACCAGGGAAACAUUCCACAGGACUCCUACGUGCACGGGGCGCAGUGGUCUCGGUUUGGGAACCACUGGUAUCAAGGAUAUCUCUUAUCAGGCGUUACUGUUAUUUAGUACUGAGGAAAGUUGGUUGAUGGUGGUUACCAUAAAGCUUGAUUUAAAAUAUAUAUUUACAUAUUGUAUGUUCUUUUUGUUGCAGCUACAUGUACAGGAAAAUCCUGGGAACCAUCUAAAUGCCGAACCAAACCCUCCGGCUGCCAGUGUAGAUUUGGACUUUUUGGAAGAUGACAUACUCGGGUCACCGUCAGGGGCUACGUCCAGCCUCGCCAAUUCUGACCAGCCCUGUGACAUUCUCCAGCAGAGCCUCCAGGAGGCUAAUAUCACAGAGCAAACUUUGGAGGCUGAAGCUGAACUGGACUUGGGUUCCUUCCAGCUCCCCACCCUGCAACCGGUGGUGCAGGCCGCCCCGGAUGGUACAUCCCAGAUAUUUUCCGGAGGGGCUGACCUCAUUGGGUUGCAGCAGCCGGCAGUGCUGACUCACCAAGCCCUCGUUCAGCAGUCUGUAGGGGCAGAGGUCGUCAAUAAAGCCAUCAGUGUCCAACCGUUCAUUCAGCAAGUUGGCCUGGGCAAUGUCACCAUCCAGCCAAUAUCUAAUCUCCCAGGUUUGCCUAAUGGCAGCCCUGGUGGGGCACUGGGCAUUGGACAAAUACAGGUAGUGGGUCAGCAAGUAAUGGCCAUCAACCAACCUACACAGCAGAUCAUUGCCAAGCAGGUGCAGCCAACACAAGUAACCAAUCUGCCAGUUGGCAGCUACCUUACAGGACCAUCCCCAGAGCAGCAGCAAGUCACGUUAGCAUCUAGCGGUGUGUCUCCACAAAGUGCAGGACUGGUCCUGCAGAACAAACUAUCAACAGUGGCCACCACACUCAAUGGAAACUCCAUGUUUGGCAGUGUGUCUGCAGCACAGUGCACUCAGUCCCUUACGGUUACUUCCAGUUUAAACAGCCCAGUUAUCAUCCAACGCACCCCUACCCCAAUUCAACCCAAACCCACUGGCGUUCUGCAGCCGAAGGUGUUUCAGAUUUCACCAAAAUCUUUAGCUCCUAAUAACACCACGCUUACCAUACAAGGAGAGGCUUCCCUGCAGCAGCAAAAGCCUCAGCAGAAUCUAACCUUUAUGGCUGGAAAGUCUGGGCAGAAUGUGGUGCUGUCCAGUUUUCCCCAAGGCCUCCCAGCCAACGUCUUCAAGCAGCCAACUCCACAGCAGCAUGCACUGGGCAAGCCUAUGAGUGUACAACUUGUCAAUCACCAAGGAAACAGCAUCGUAAUCCCUGCGCAGCACGCCCAAGCUAUGCUUCAAGGGCAAAACCAGUUCCUGCUGCCUGGGCAGCUGACAGGAGCCUCCACCGUACAGCAACUGUCUGCCCUCCAAGCUAACAUGGGGGGCCAGAUCCUAACUGCCUCUCAUCCUAGUGGACAAGCUCACAUCAUUGCCAGCCAAGGUCCUGGGGGUCACCUCCUCAAUCAGGCCCUGCUCACAAACCAGAAUCUAGCAAACCAACUAAACCUAGGACAAGUACUUGCAUCUCAGAACGCCCAUGGUACGGCCCAUAUCCUUUCUGGGCCUAUUCAACUGCAGGCUGGGCAGGUAGGACAGCCCACCUUGUUCCAGAUGCCUGUGUCUAUAGCUGGCAACCUGAGCACCCAGAGUCAACCUACAGUCACCACGUCUUUAAACCAGGCAGGACAGACCGUUAUCCAAGGGGUAACGUUACCCAACCAAGUAGCCAUGUUUAACUCAUCUGAGAGCCUUGGCCAAACAGUCAGCAUCCAGCAGGCCUCCACGGGUAGCAGCCAGAGCCCAGGAAUUGUGCAUCAACAGGCCCAGCAAGUUGUCCAGAGUGCAAGCCUCCUGUCUAGUGCAGAUCAACCCUCCAUACUCACCGUCCAAACUCAGCAGCCUUCACAAGGACAAACCCAGCUCCAGCUGAAUGUACAGUCUCAGCCUCUAGCAACCCCCCAGCAGGCCAUGUCUAUAUCUUCUCAGCCUAGCCCUAAUCUGACCUCGAGUCCGGACAAGAUCAUCCUUGGGCAGACCACUUCAGGAGCUAUUCUGAAUGCAGAGUCCAUGCAGAUGUUCCUGCAGCAGCAGGUAAGUCUCUUUCUUGAUCGAUGUAUGAUCUGAUAAAUUCAUCAGUCCUGCUUGAAUGGUGUGUCGUCCAGUCCACAUAAACACAGCCUUUCAAAUGAUAAGGCGCUGUUAAGUUGAUACUUCUCUCCAUUGUGCCUGGAUUGGCAUGAAAGAUCGAACCUGGCUUAUGUCCACUUUAAUUAGCCAAUCUUCCUAAGGUAGGCUAAUACUUCUUGGCCAGAACAUUGGCAUUUCAACUGAGUGACAUCUGUCAGCUCAUUCCCGUACUGCUCUAGGAAAGCAUAUGAGGAUUAAUCACAGCAACUACAGUGCCCGUGCUGUAGUUGCUGUGGUGUAGAUUAGAGAAGCUAUCUGUAGGUGUGUUGUUCUCUCCUUCCUGUCACUCAUGUUUGUAUAGUCCUGUCUAGCGAGAAUUGUUUGACAUGUUUGGAUAGAUCUGUUUUUUAAGAAUCUGUAUGUUUGCUGCAUGUGUGCGGGUACUACAGAGGAAUAUGUUGUUAUCAUCUUUAAAUUAAUAAACUUCCCUUGUGUCAACCCAAUUGGUUAAAAAUCUUUUUUUUAACAUUAAAGUUUAGGCAGUUAAAGGACCACUAUAGGCACCCAGACCACUUCAGCUCAAUGGAGUGGUCUGGGUGCCAGGUCCCUCUAGUUUUAACCCUGCAGCUGAAAACAUAGCAGUUUCAGAGAAACUGCUAUGUGUCCCUGAGGGUUAAUCCAGCCUCUAGUGGCUGUCUCACUGACAGCAGCUUGAGGCGCUUCCGCGAUUCUUACUGUUUAAAUCAGUGAGCAGACGCUGGCGUCCAUAGGAAAGCAUUGAGUAAUGCUUUCCUAUGGGCUGUUUGAAUGCGCGCGCGACUCUUGCCGCGCAUGCGCAUUCGGAUCUAAUGUCGGCAGGGGGUGGAGAGUUCCCAAGCACAGAGGGAGCCUGGUGCUGGAGAAAGGGAAGUGGCCGAAGGAGGUUUUUUUUCCCCUUCAGCCCAGCGGGUUGGGGGACCUAAUGACCUUUUAGUGCCAGGAAAACGAGUUUGUUUUCCUGGCACUAUGGUGCUCCUUUAAGAGGUUAAGUACCUCGUUGCCAGCGCUGGGCCUCCUUCGCUGCAGCCGUCCGCUCCACCCAUCCGAAGACGCCAUGAUCCCUACAAUACAUUGCAUUUUUUUGAGAUGCAAUGGAUUGGAAGUAUGCAUUCACGGACAACCGCCAUGCUUCUCCAAAUGCUAAUAUCAGAGUUUUACUCGGUGAGUGCUGCGGAAUCAUUUCUAGUGGCAAAAAAAACAAAAAAACAACCCGCACUAUGACCAGACCGCUUCACUGAGCUGGGCGACUAUAGUGGUAUAUUGUGUGCUAGGACAGGUACACAACGUUAUUGUAACAUUUUAUCAUUGCUCAGACAAGCUCUCACUUCAGAAAUGGAUUGUUUAUUAGCAGAUUAAAACUGCUGCCAAUUGAUUGUUAAUUUAAUAAUUGCCGACUUACCAGAGCCAUUGGGCACACAGAUUGAAAUGAGACAGAGACAGUAGUUCGAGUCUGCUGCUCACACAGUGCUCCCCCUAGUGGUGUACUCAGAAACCUGCAAGGAAUGACAAUUGUAAAAAAUCUGCCUGAAAAUAUAUAUUGCAAUCCACAUAUCAGAAAAUAUCUGUGUUUUCCAACGGUGUCCGAUAUGUGUAGAUUUUUAUAUUUAAGUUAUUAGUGAAGAAUGUAUGUUAAGAUUAUUAAAGAAUGAAUGAUUGAAAAUGUAUUCAUUCGCAGCACAGGAGAGUCCCAUUUAUAAUUAACUACAUUUGUGUAUAAACCCACUAUGAUUGCAAUGAGUCCCAUUUGCCAAGUACAAGUUUACUAUUUCACGCGAUACAAACUAUAUGUCAGAUGGAGGAGGACAGAAUGGCGUUAAAUGAACACUCCACGCACCAUAACCACUACAGCACACUGUAGUGCCAAGAGUUCUGGCUCCCCAUUGUAAGGAGGCAAACUGGGGUUCACUGUUUUCUUCCUUUACUACAGCUCAGUGGGAGCUGGGCAGCGCUGCUCGGGACCUUCCACUAUAUGUCCUGAACUGAGCUGUGUAAGGAGGGCCUGGGAUUCCACCAUACUGAAAUGGUUUGACCCUUUACAAAGGGGAUGACAGGGGUACAGUAGUGGUUAUGGUGCUCGGGAAGGUUUCUUUAAAUGGUGGACGCACAAAACACCCAGCGCAAGGAUAUCAACCAUUUCCAAAUUGUUUUUUUAAGGGAAAGGAUGUUGUAAUAAUCUGGGCCUGGCAUACUUUGGGCAGGAUAUAAAUAGAUGACUUUGCAUUGUGUGAGUGGGGGCUUUAUUAACGGAAAGUUGCUGCUGUUGGCCAUUUCAGAAGGAGCGGCACUUUUACGAAGCAGCCUUGAAAUCCCAGCAGGAGAGCGGCUUGGUUCAAACCUGUGCCCCACCACACCUCCCCAUGCCAAUCUACAGCAUAGCCACCUCCAGCAGCAGCAGUACCUCCACCAGCAGCAGUAGCGUGCCCGCUUCCGUCAUAGUGAGCAGCAGUGCCGGCUCCUCCAUCCAGCCCAAUCGCGAGCUGGGCCAGAACCACGGAGCAGCAUCGGAUCCUAAAGGACAGAUUCAGAUACCUCAUUUCCCAGCCAACCAAUCUCAGCAGGCUCUGUCCUGCCAGGUAGCCACUGCUUUACUGACACUUCCCCUGACUCCAAUCCUUUCUCUGCCUUUUUCUCUAACCUUCUUCCAGCAGCCUGUGCAGGGGAAAUGUCCCACCACUUUGGGGUGUCUCACUGGCUCACUGUGGUCAUUCAGCAGAUAGAGUAGGGCAGUCCCAGUAACAGCAAGUAGAGUGGAGGCAGUCCUGCAAACCCUGUGCUGUGUGUGCCAGUAUUUCCUGCUCUAUUUAAGAUCACAGAGAUUGUGGUACGUGUGCUGGUAACUGGCUCUAAGCUCACAGAGCGUGCAUGUAUCUGGCUCUAAGCUCAUAGAGCAUGCACUAUGCAUGCCGGGUUCUGGCUCUAUCUAAGCUCGCAGAGCAUGCAGUGUGCCAGUAUCUGGCUCCAUCUAAGCUCACAGACCGUGCAGUAUGCGUGCCGGUAUCUGGCUCUAUCUAAGCUCGCAGUAUGCGUGCCGGUAUCUGGCUCUAUCUAAGCUCGCAGUAGGCGUGCCAGUAUCUGGCUCUAUCUAAGCUCAUAGAGCGUGCAGUAUGCGUGCUGGUAUCUGGCUCUAUCUAAGCUUGCAGUAUGUGUGCCGGUAUCUGGCUCUCUCUAAACUCACAGUAUGUGUGCCAGUAUCUGGCUCUAUCUAAGCUCACAGAGCGUGCAGUAUGCGUGCCAGUAUCUGGCUCUAUCUAAGCUUGCAGUAUGCGUGCCGGUAUCUGGCUCUCUCUAAACUCACAGUAUGCGUGCCAGUAUCUGGCUCUAUCUAAGCUCACAGUAUGCGUGCCGGUAUCUGGUUCUAUCUAAGCUUGGCGUAUGCGUGCUGGUAUCCGGCUCUAUCUAAGCUCAUAGAGCUCACAGAGUGUGCAGUAUGCCUGCCACUAUCUCCUAGGCAUACAUAUUUUUUAUACGUAGGUUAUGAUAAGGGCCCCAAAUUGCCUGAACACUGAAGUGCAGCAGACGUAGGGGGUUAUAUCUGCUUCAGGAUUUAGUGAGAGAACCAGGAGAAGCGAUGGUUCCAGUUUAAAGAGCAAUGUCCUAUAUCUGGAUUGUGUUCUCCCAAAUACAAAUGAAAUCCAAUUUCUCUGUUCUGUCUCCAUGUGGUAAUAUGUCUGUCUUGGGGGUCAUCGCUAAUACAACCAUCUAAUGGUAAGGGUAUACAGGGUUCAACGUAUUCAGAAUGCCGGGGAGGCACCAAGUGCACCAUGGGUACACAGCGCAGCCUCUUCAUUAUGCUAACGAAUUCAUGUUAAUGGAGACAUUGCUAGUUAUUAUUUAGAAGCAAUGUUUGGAUUAAAGUCCAUCUGCUAGGUUGACUUUUUCCCCCUUGUAUACAGUAGGGAUAUCAUGUUAGGAGGGUUGUGUCCAGUUGAGAGGUGGCUGCUCUGUGUGCUGGGUCCUGCUUACUCACUACCUUGUGUUCUUCACUAAUUCCUUCCCCCAACGCUGCUGCUGCUGCUCUCGUGUUAAUCCCCUCCUCUUCCUGCACACUCCUCGCUGCCCAUUUACACUGCUCACUCUUUAUCUCCUUCUCCAGGUUUUGGGCCCUGUUUCCUGUAUUUUGGUUGGAUGUUCUAGAACGCGCAUGUUUAUGGAACACAAACUGGCUCUUUUUUUUCUCUUUCUCACGCAAAACUUUUCGUAUGGCUAAGUGCAAGGCUGUCAUUAUAUAACAUGUUCCUUCUUUUUCCUCUCGUUAUUUCAGAUUCCCACAGGGCAACAGAAACUCCCUGGAGCGUCUCCUUCCCACUCACUACCUCAUCCUCCAAGUCCUCAAUUGCCAUCCUCCACCUCUCACCUUUCUCAAAUGCAGUCACCCCAUCAGUCACGACCUCCUUCCCAGCCACAGCCUUUGUCACGGCCCCCUUCUCGCCCUCAUUCCCGCCCCCCUUCCCAACCUCAGAGUGUCCCCCGUCCCCCUUCUGAGCCUCUAUCCCGCUCUUGCACUCCACAGAUGCAAAACCUUUUUGUCAUUCAGAAUCAGAUCUCUUCCCCGCAUGGUGCAUCCCAGCACCCACUACGCCCCCCAUCUCAGCCUCAGGUACAGACCACCUUUACUCCUCACCAGCAGCACCCCUCAGAUGUUCCCCAAACAUUGUCCUCACCCCAGCAACAGCAGCACAUACAGUUCCAGGUGCAGCUGAGUUCCCCCCAGGGCGAAAUUCGGACUGGGGUUCCCAUUUCUCUGCAAACUAACCCUCCCACAUCAGAGGCACAGACCCACUCAUUCCAAGUGCACAUCCCAGCUCAAACUCCCAUGAAAACCCAGACCCCCGGGCAGCCCCUCCAUCUUGCAGCCGACAGUCAGCGGACAUUUCAGAUGACCCCGAGUCAGUUCCAGGCACUGUCUAAUUCUGUGCCGCAGCACAAACAGCUCCUGGAGAGGUACCAACAGGUAAGGAAGCAUUGCAUGCAUGUGGCAGAACGCAAGCUAGAAUCGUUACUGCUUUAAAAAUGUCAAUUGAAAAUCAUUGUGAAGUUGAGUAGACCAAACUUUGUUGACGAGGAAGACCUUUCCUAUUGCAACUCUUGUCUGGUUUCUGUAGUAGCUAAGAUGAAAUCUCUUAUUACAGGAAUCCUAAAAAGACUGAGCACAUUACCACAAGAUAUAAGCCAUUAGUCAUUCUUUUUAUAUCAGUCUAUCAUUGAAUAUUCAAAAUGGAUAACAAACAUACAUAGCAUUACACCAUGUAUUUCUACCAGUCCAAUAUUUUAGCCAUCCUUCUCCACAUCAUGAGAACGGGGGUGAGGGGCCCUUCCUGAGGAGACAAAACAAACUCGUGGUCUGUGAAUAGAUGGAUUGGUAGUUCUGGCUCUCUGGAUGUCCUGUAUUCCAUAUCUUCAUACAGGCUUACAUAUUGACAUGAUGAGCAGCUGUCUGCCAUGGUUAUUGGAUAGCACAGUAAAAAGAUUGUAUUUCAAUAUUCAAUGAAAUCUUAAAUGCACUAUUAAAUGUUAAAAAGAAAACAAAAAAAACAAUUUAUUGACUGAUUCACAAGUUAUUCACUCCUUCUCUCUUUAAUUCCGCUCUGACUACCUAUUAAAUCCCAACUGGGUCAUCUCUGAAAUACUCAAAGGAAAACGGUCAUUAUUUGUUAAAAUAAGACUACACACAUUUUAGCAUGCAUGGGUAUUGAUUUUCAGUGCAUACGUAUUAGUAAAUACCUAAUUUCACUGCAUUUCCCCGUUUAGUCUUCCGCUAUGGAGCAGCCAUCUUUAUGUUCACCCUGGUCAGAAACAUUGCAUAUCUGACCAAAAACAAGCUAGAUUGCAAACGUCGUGCAUCUCAAAUUCACCCUGUAACGUUUUCAAACGUUCAAAUUGUACAUGGUCUUAGAUGACCACAUGGAGAAGGGGUAAACCAGGAGCUGCUCAAAGAGUUAUUAAAACUUGAGAGAGACGUAGAGUUUCAAGUCAAAACAUGCGAUGUUGCUGCAUGCCAUAAUAAACCACACUAGACCCUCACUGUGAGAUUUAGUCCUUUCUGCUAAAGUGCUAUUGAUUUAUAAAGAUCGUCAUUAAAGAUAAUACUUCAUGCCGCUACAUGUAAACUUUUUUUCAGUAAUAGUAAAGAUUGUCUUUGAUGCUACCAUGACUAGUUUAUAUUCAUAUAUGAAGGGUUAGUAACUAUCUAGAUAUCUGUGGGAAUUAGGUUAUUAAUCGUUGGUACGGUAGAAACAUAGUGGACGAUAUCUGGCUUUCCUUUUCUGUUUGCAUCUCAUGUGAUCUGUUGCUUUCUCUGUGCCCCCUCAUUGCCACAGUGAAGCUGUUUAAUGGGACGUUGUUCUUCUUCCCUCAGAUGCAGCAAGGUCUGAUGCUGACUACUGCACAGCCCUCCAGCACUCAGACAUCCCCAGCGGUGGGGGGGCAAUAUAGUGGGCAGGCCCAGUCUGUGCUGAUGAGUGGGCAAGGGCAGGCUGUGUCUGCUCAGAAUCCCUUACAUGGGCAUUCACCUGGUCAGGUGCUGGUUCAGCCCUCGCUUGUGUCACACGGCGAAAUGCCUAAAGUGCAGGGAGCAGGUGGAAACCAGACGUCUCAGCUCUCAACAAUGAUUCAGCAGCAGCAACAACUGCAGCAGCAGCAGCAGCAACAACUGCAGCAGCAGCAGCAGCAACAACUGCAGCAGCAGCAGCAGCAACAACUGCAGCAGCAGCAACAACUGCAGCAGCAACAACAACAACUGCAGCAGCAACAACAACAACUGCAGCAGCAACAACUGCAGCAGCAGCAACAACUGCAGCAGCAGCAGCAGCAAAUGCAAUCACAGCCACACCAACUGCAACAGCAAGCAACUGUUCUGGUCAAAACGUCAGGUGAGCGAGCACAAGUUCAGUCUUUUGGGAGAGCUGCUGUGUAUGCGCUGGUAAUGUUCUUACACCCAGAACCUUUUCUGUCUGUCCUGUAUCUGCUGUGUUAGAACUUGUGCCCAUCACAUGUAAACUCUGACGUUUUUACCCAUUGUCGUUUGUCUACAGGCCCAGUUACCGGUUCAGUGCCUCCUGAAACCAACCAUGGUGGGAAGCCAGCUUCAGUCCAGGCCAAAGCGGGCACUGCCAUGCCUGUAGCUACACAGGUAGGAUUACUGAGAUUUCAAAUUUUUUUUUUUUUUUUUGAUAAUUCUUGCUCUUUUGCGGUUACUCACAAAACCAUUGUUUUUUAGGCUAAACCUGGCGUGAUCAGUUCUGUUUCUGGGCUCAACCUGGGCAAAGGCUCGCUGCAGAUCCAGGUGGUUGGCAAAGGGAUUACACAGAUGGUUCCUGCUGCUCCGGUCCAAACCCAGCCACAGGUAAACGUCGGUGGCCUUUUACAAUAUUGGCAAUAGAGAGAGCCCCCUAUUCCUGGUAGUCAUGUGAUGUGUUCAGGGUGUAUCGUACAGCACACACACAGUUGAUUAUUGGACUAUGCUUCAAUAUGGAAUUUACCAAUAUAAACAAUAUUAAAUCCCAGGUGCAAACUGUCCCACAUCGGCAGAUUUCUACAGUUCCUUCCUGAGCUAGGAUAUAGAGUAUAAAGAUCCCAUGUGUACAUGCAGGAUUCAUCACUAAAGGGAGAAUUCAAAGGGAAUUUCACUUUUGAGGUCAAAACAGCCGAACUGGAAAAAUUCACCAAGUCCGCUAUGCUUCUGGUUUGGCUACUCUUGUCUUAAAUUUGAAAUUCACAUUCAAUUCUUUCUGACUUUAAUGAAUAAGCCCUGAUAGUGUCUGGAGAAAUGUCUUACUCAGUCACUGCUUUCAUUUUAGCUGAAGUAUUUUCAAGAAUUGUGAGCAUUUGUUUUAAGAGAUCUAUCUUAAAAAUGUUUAUUUCACCAGUGUUAUGUAUCCUCCAUAGAGUGAUAUUAAAGGACCACUCUAGGCACCCAGACCACUUCAGCUUAAUGAAGUGGUCUGGGUGCCAGGUCCCUCUAGGAUUAACCCCUUUUUUUUUAUAAACAUAGCUUCAUUGACAGCCGCUAGAGGCGCUUGCGUGCUUCUCACUGUGAAAAUCACAGUGAGAACACGCAAGCGUCCAUAGGAAAGCAUUGUAAAUGCUUUCCUAUGAGACCGGCUGAAUGCGUGCGCAGCCCUUGCCGCGCAUGCGCAUUCAGCCGAAGAGGAGGAGGAGAGCUCCCAGCCCGGCGCUGGAAUAAAGGUAAGUUUAACCCCUUUCCUCUCCAUCCAGCCCGGCAGGAGUGGGUCCCUGAGGGUGGGGGCACCCUCAGGGCACUAUAGUGCCAGGAAAACGAGUAUGUUUUCCUGGCACUAUAGUGGUCCUUUAAUCUAUGGAUUAAAGCUUCUCACACUAUUUCUGCUGCCUUGUUGGAAUCCUCAGAUUAACCUGCUGGUAGAUGUCAUUUCCUGUUAGGGGCUCUUGGCUUCUUGCUCCGUUAUCUGAAACACUGUUUGCUUCUCUUUCUGUUAGUUUGAACAUAAAUUUGGAGCAAUGAAGAAACUACCCACACUACAGCCAAGCAAGGAGGCUUGGUAAGAGUCCCGAUACUUGAUUUUAUAGGUGACUCGAACCUGAAUAUAGUCAUGGUCUAACUCGCUUUCUCUGUCUUCAGCUUCCUUGAGCAGUUACACAAACACCAGGGGGCAGUCCUGCACCCAGAGUACAAAUCCGCCUUCCACUCGUUCGAAGAUGCUCUGCAUAGACUCCUGCCGUAUCACGUCUACCAGGGCCUGCUCCCGUCCUCCCAAGACCUGAUGAAAGGUGAGCUAGAUCCACGGUCUUAUUAUUUCGUAUUGAAAACACACAUUUGUGUGAAACGUACAUUCACCAUAGAUAUUGAUAGAUUUUGCUACAAAGCUGGACAGAUGGAAUGUAUUCACUGAUUUUUAGUUAUUUUGCCAUAAAAGAACUUCAUGGUUUUGGUUUGUACUUCUCCUUCCUUUAAUGACGACUGUCAUUAACCCUGACCUUGGUGUUACCCUCUCUGCCGUCAACCCUGACCUUGGUGUUGCCCUCUCUGCCGUCAACCCUGACCUUGGUGUUGCCCUCUCUGCCGUCAACCCUGACCUUGGUGUUGCCCUCUCUGCCGUCAACCCUGACCUUGGUGUUGCCCUCUCUGCCGUCAACCCUGACUUUGGUGGUACCCUCUCUGCCGCCAACCCUGACCUUGGUGGUACCCACUCUGCCACCAACCCUGACCUUGGUAUUACCGUUUUUGCCACCAACCCGAAGUACUGUUAAAAUAACUUGAAAACAAAGUUGGAUGAUUAAAUACAUUUUUAAAAAGUGUACCAAGAUGGUCACUGUGGCAUUCCCGAUAGGAGUUCUAAGAUGGCUGCCGUCGGCUGAAAGAGCUUAGGCAUGAAUACAUAAUUAAAAUGCUAACUUGCCCUAGAUGCUCUGAUGAGUGGGGAGGUGGAAGGAACCACUGCCCACUCAACCGAGCAGUACAGCGAUACGCAUUGGAGUAUCAAUAUGGCGGCACAGCCUGUAACACCUUAUCGGCGCGGGAUAGAAACAUUGAGUUUGUUUACUAUUUUUACUUUUAUAAUGUAGUUAACAUUUUUGUGAUUAUUUCCUUUUGUGACAGUGGAUGAAGAGUUUGAGGUAGUAUCUACUCAUCUUCUCAAGCGAACUCAAGCAAUGCUGAACAAAUACCGCCUUCUACUGCUGGAGGAAUCCAGGGUGAGAGAGAAUGAAUUAUAUCUGUCAUUAGUACACUGUGACCCUGGGAGGGACUGACCAUUAAACACGUUACUGUCAUUAGUACACUGUGACCCUGGGAGGGAAGGAUCCUUAAACUUAUCACUGUCAUUAAUAUAGUUUAGGAUAGAUUGAUGUGAGUCCACGACAUGCAUUAUUCCCAGAUGUCCCAUUGACUGACGGGCCGGUAUGUUUUCCUGUUUCAGAGGGUUAGUCCUUCUGCAGAGAUGGUGAUGAUUGACAGAAUGUUUAUUCAGGAAGAAAAGGUUGCGCUUUCUUUAGACCGGCAGUUGGCAAAGGAGAGACCAGGUAUGUAUUACUGUGUUUACCUGAUCAGUCAAUCUUGUUCCCAGCCCUCAUCACAGCACGUGCAGGAAUUAACCACAUUCAGCGUGGUUUUUUGUUUUUUUUUGUGUUUUGGAAAAUGUCUCUUAGAAAUCUUUUCAAGUGUAGUCUUAAUAUUGCUUUCUUGAUAUACAGUGUUUUCAAAGGAAAAGAGAUCAGGGGGAGGUGCUGGGAGGGAUGGCGAUCAGGGGGAGGUGCUGGGAGGGAUGGCGAUCAGGGGGAGGUGCUUGGAAGGAUGGCGGUCAGGGGGAGGGAUGGCGGUCAAGGGAAGGGAUGGGGGUCAGGGUAGGGACAAAUUCCAAGGGGGGCAGGGACAUAGGAGGGAGGAAUGGGGGAAGGGAGGGGAUUGCUUUGGGAUAGGGAUGGACCGCGCUGGGGGGGGACAAGCAACAAAAGCUGGGAAUGGGGGACAAGGGGCUGGUGCUGGGAUGGGGACAAGGGCGGUGCUGGGGAAUGGGGGGGGGGAAUGGGGACAAGGGCGGUGCUGGGGAGGGGAAAUGGGGACAAAGGCGUGCUGGGGAGAGAGGGGAGAAUGGGGACAAGGGACGGGGGCAAGGGGUCAGGCUGGGGUGGAAUGGGGACAAGGGCUGGUGCUGGGGAGAGGGGGAGAAUGGGGACACAGGGGGACAGGGGGACAAGGGGCUGGUGCUUGGGGAGAGGAUGGCUGUUGGCAGGGGUGGAGGUUGUUGGGAGGUAUAGGGUGGUAAGGAGGGAUAUUGGUCGAUGGAUGAUUGGGAGGGUUAGUUGUUGGGGGGGAUGGAAGGCAAAGGAAAUUUAAAGGAUAGUAGUCAAGGGAGUAAGUGGGAGUGAUAGCGUGAUUGGGAGGGAGGAGCAGGAAGCUAAGUAAGCAACAGGACUGCAGAAUUGACAUUGGGUGCACUCAGGGCCUUGGUACUUAGCCAAUUUAUGGCUGUCAUAUGUUGGUAUAUUUAUUCAUUGUACUCUUGAGAGAUGCAGUCUGCAUGUCCAUGGAUCAGGCUUCCUUCACUUUUUUGCCUCAAAUGUUUAACGGUGGCUGGGGGUUUGCUGCACCACUCCCCUACUCUACUACUAAUACCAAAGAGUUGAAAAUUCCCUAGGAAUGCACAGCUUAGCUCAUUGGCUGAGAGCAGUCAGCUAAUGAUGAGCCAUGCCUCUUCAUGCCAGAAAGGCAUCCUUAUCAAUGUAUGUACACGGCUCAGGCGUUGACUGUGAGUGGCUUUUUAAUUCACAACAUGUCUGCAGGCAGUCAGAGAUACUACAAACCGGUAGUGCAAUCCUUACUAUAUGUCUACGUGGGAGUACUUUCCGUCUAAUGCCAGGUUGCUUUGUUGUUCAGAUCAUUCAGUACUGUCCGUGAGUGAGCUGAACUGUGUGCAUGCAUUUGAUAAGGAAGUCUUUUUCUGUAGUAAUGGGACAUGGCUAAGGAGGCAGGCUUAUGGUGCACUGUUCUACACAACAUUUAUUUGUGCAAAAAGAUUUGAGCAUUUAAAAAAUUACAGAAUAUUAAUGAGGUCAAACGUAUCAAGUUUUAUUGGUGCCUGGAAUGUCCCUUUAAAUUUAGCAGCCCUCUGUGUUCUAAAUGUGCCACCACUGAGGAUGUUUGCAGUAAAUUAGUGGAAGCUUAAAUCUUUAGGAAAAGAGAGCAGGAUUCUGUUCCUAAUUUUUUCAGAUGUUAAUUUCUUUGUUUUUCUCUUGGUAGAUGAGUAUGUAUCAACGUCUUCUGCUCGAUCUCUGUCCAUUACACCAUUGGUGGCAUCAGUUUCGUCUUCUCCUUGUCCUGCCCCAGCACCUGAGAGCCUGAAGCCUCCAGUGGUGCAGAUGUCCACCCCAAUCCACCCAACAAAGCUGGUGAUCAAGCACAGUGGCGGAGGUUCCCCUUCUGUGACCUGGGCCAAAGCUUCCCCUUCUCUUGACACGGAUGAUGAUGCUCUUCCGUCACGCAGUAAGCCACCAAUCAAGACAUAUGAGGCCCGUAGCCGAAUUGGCCUUAAGCUUAAAAUAAAACAAGAAGCUGGGCUGAGCAAAGUUAUUCACAAUACAGCCUUGGACCCUGUCCAUCAGAAUCCUUUACCACCACCACCACCACCACCUCCUCCUGUGACACCUGUCUCCAUUCCCACUGUUAUUAAGACAACUGCUCAUACAACGCCGGCCACCACCACCACACCAACUGGGCAAAUGAAUGGCACUCUGGACCACUCCUCACCUGCUGAGAAGAAACCUCUUGCCACCUACUGCCGGUUACCUUUGCGCAAGACCUACCGCGAGAAUGUGGAUGCUUUUGUGACCGGAAAACCACCGGAUGCUAGAAUGAAGGUGGAGAAAACACAGCAGGUGCCAGUUUCAACCCCACCAAUAAAGCAGGAAGAAGGGUUACGGAGCGUUAUUACAUCUCAUAAGACACAAGGGGUUUCUGAGCAUGAAAAGGGAAGGAAGGCGGACAGUUCCAAGUUGUUUUUUAGCAGAACAGAGACCAAGACCACCAAGAAUGAGGAGAGUCUGGUUGGAUUGAGGCGGGAAGCAAAGGAUGAAGAUCAGAGCUACUUCCGAAGGGCUAUUAAGACAGAACCACCAGAUAAUGAGACAGAGCUGAACUGGGAUGUACCAUUUCCUUCUGCAAAAAGGCUUAAAUCUGAACAAUUUGACGUGGACAAUGCUAGCUUCUCCAGUGAUAGUCCUCAAGAUGAUACUUUGAAUGAGCAUCUCCAGAGUGCCAUCGACAGUAUCCUCAAUCUACAGCAACCCCAGGGUGGAGGAGGAUCAAACACGCUCCUCCGUUCUUCCACCCAGCCUUCUUUCCACCACUCCUCCUCCUCUUCACCCUUUUCCUCUCCAGUUCACCGCACAGACUCGUACCUAACCCCUAAUCACAAUGGAGGCCUAGGGGCCAGGACGUUAAAUAGAUAA